GGCCGCCCCCUCGCCGCUCUCCGACCGUCGGAAGCGCCUGGGGCGCAGGAGGAGGCGGCUCGGGCGCUGCUGCCGCGGUUGCUGCUGCACAGGCUGCGGGCUGGCCGGCCGGCCAUGGCCAAGGAGCAGGACGCCGAGGCGGCCGGGGCGGCGUCGGCGGCCGCAGCCGGGGCGGGAGGCCCCCCCGGGAGCCGCGCUCGCCAGCAGCCGCCGCCACCACCUCUGCAGCCGCGCCUCUGCCACAUGCUGAAGGGCGACAACGGCUACGGCUUCCACCUGCACGGCGAGAAGGGCAAGAGCGGCCAGUUCAUCCGCAAAGUGGAGCCCGACUCGCCGGCCGAGGCGGCGGGGCUGCGCGCCGGGGACCGCGUCGUCGAAGUCAACGGGCUCAACGUCGAGAAGGAGACGCACCACCAGGUCCGGGGUGACGGUGGGCGCUCGGGGUAGGGUGGGGGUCGACGGGAAGCCGCCAGGGCUCAGCCGCAGUCUGCUGGUGCUAGUAGGGCUGACAGGGAGCCUCCAGCCUCAGACGCAGUCUACCGUUGCUGAGCACCUGCGACACCAGAGGGCUCAGGUGGGGCUUCCCUAAGGAGGCUUGGGUGGACCUUCCUUGCCACGACCUGGCAAGGCACGUCUGACUCCUAAACUGGCAUCUGUUUUAGUUUAACAACAGCGUUUGGGAGAAGAGGUGUCAAUUAGUUAAAAGCAGGGCAUCAAUUAAUUAAAAGCAGGACGUCAGUCAACGGAAUCGAUCGAUGCUGGCAACCGUCUGACGCGGUGGCCAGAUGGAACCUCCUGAGGCCACGCAGUCUACCUCUAAAUGACAACAGCCCCCUGGGGGCAAAGAGCAGGAGCUGGCUGUCACCUUGGUGUUCUGCUCCGGAGACCUUAGAGGUGUCCGAAGCUGUGGGCUAGGGACUCUUAGCCUGAUCCAACCUGACUUCUGGAUGUGGCUGGGGUGGACUUGGAGUGCCAGACUGAGGGGAAAUGCCCUUUUGGGGAGCAGAGGUGAAGGCAGGCCACCAAGAUAGGAGCCAAAAGGACUGUUCCCGUCCUCCUGCUGCUCUGGGACUGCCUGAUAAGGGCUUCCAAACCAGCUUGCUUGCUCUUGCUGGUAGAUAUGUGUGAAGGAGGGACCCACCUUCAGUGCCCCUUUCCUGCCCUGGGUCUCAGGGUUUUCAGUUAGGAAGCUGCCUUGUACUGAGUCAGUCCAUUGGCUCCGUCUAGCUUAGUGUCGUCUGUAAUGAUUGGCAGCAGCUCUCCAGUCUUUCAAGGAGGGUUCUCUCCCAGCCCUACCUGGAGAUGCUGGGGAUUGAACCUGGAACCUUAUGCAUGCAAAGUGGACAUGGUUGUGGACCUCCUAAGGCCUUCUUAGUUAUGUGUACUUGUGAAGGUGCUGCAGCAGAUACACGUCUCUGGAAGCCUAUAAGCUUCUUGCGGCUGCAAAUGUUUCAGGCGUGCAAGCCCAACGCCUUAGGUAAUGUUGGAACGUAGGAAGCUCACAUCAAGUCAGACUAUUGAUCAAGCUGGAUAGCUCAGUGGCAGAGUACCUGCUUUGCAUGCAGAAGGUCCUGGGGUACAAUCCUCAACAAUGGCAUUUCCAGGUUAGGUUGGGCAUGUCCCUGGCUGCAACCCUGGAGAGCCUCUGGCAGUCAGUGUGGACAGCACUGAGCUGCAGCCCUUCCCCAAAGAUCUGAGAAUGUAGGAAGCUGCCUUAUAAUGAGUCACACCUUUAGCUCAGUAUUGCCUACACUUACUGGCAAUGGCUCUUCAAGUUUUCUGGCAGGGAGGCUUUCCCAACCCUACUCAGAAGAGGCUUUAAGCAACCCUUCGUACGGGUGCCUGACACCCCCUCUACCUACUUGGUCCCCACGACUUGCUCGCUGGAUGGAUGUUUUGGAUCUGCCAAGCUGGGUGCCACAGUGUCGUCCCUUUUGACAAAUAUACCCCCCCCCAGCACCACUCUGUGUCUCUUGAGAUUGGUGCUCUAGUGAAUGCCUGAGGCUUGAGCUCUGGAUCCUCAUGGUGAUCCAAAAGAAUUAAGCUGGGCAGGCAAUUUCGUUUGCAAUAACAAUUUUUAUUGAUGCUUGUCCAAAGAUAUGCAAAAGUUCAUACCCAGUACAAAGUAUCUUUUUAUAAUACGCCAGAAUAAAAGAAAUGCUUUUGAAAUCUAAUCUAAAAAGGAAUGGAAGCAAAAAUAAGAAAACAAAGGAACAUAAAAUAAAGAGAAAAAGGAAAUAAAAUGAAAAUUUCACAUGCAGUCAUGGUCACCCCUUCUUGGAAUGCAUAUCGUGAAGCUAGGGCGAGUAUAGAAAAAGAGCAGUGAUAGCAACUGAGGUUUUUAGGCUAAGUAUUUGCUCUUAUAAACAGAGAUUUUAUCCUGUAGGACAUUUUUUGGCUUAGACAGAAAGGCAGCUAAGUACUGUGGUGAAUUGUGAAUGGUGUAGAGAGCAGCCGGCACUAGCUUGGCGGCUUCCAGAUGUUGUCUGACUUAAUCUGUUGUAGUCCAGUAACAUCUGCAAGGCACUAGGUUGGUGACACUUAGCACAGCGUGAGUGAGUAGAGAGAGAAUCUCAGAAUGUUAGUUUUGGGGUUGGCAGCCCGCAGUCUCUGAGCAAAAUCUGCCCCGCUCCCAGUUUGGCGCCAUUUUGCCUCUCGGUUAUCAAGCCGGGGAGAGCACAAGUUGGAUGUAGAUGAGCAGCGUCUCUGGAAAUGAGACGUUGCAGCAGGACAUCAUAGGGUGUUGGCUGUGUCCUCACCUUUCUUGCCAAACCUGGCUCUCAAGUGAAAUUAGUUUCUGACAGAAGAACCUAAGAAGAGCCUGCUAUGAAUUUGUCCAGUCCUUUUUUGAAGCCAUCCAAGUUUAUAGCCGCCAUUGUAUCUUCUGGUAGCAAAUUCCACAGUUUAACAAUGCUAUCUGUGCAGAGAAAUACUUUUUUGAAUCUGUCCUGAAUCUUCCAACAGUCAGCAUUGGAUCAACAUUCAGCUGACUUGGGCACCAACUCUUGGGAUUAUCUAGAUCCACUUGGUUCAGGAUUCAAGAAGCGGUAACUUCGCACUGUAUGAAAUACCUACAUUCAGUCAGUCAGACUUGUUGGAAAGCAUAGGUCAUCACAAAAAUGCAAACAGGAUAGAUCACUUUAGCACAGGUGGCCCCAGCAGAUGAGCCGCCAUGUUGUACAAUAGGGUUGCCAACCUAGCACCCGCAUGCGCCAUGGUACCCAUGGGUGCCUCUGGGCAGGUGCCCUAGCUUCUGAGCUUUCUUUCCUUUCUUAUCUAUUUAAAAAACUAAGUCUUCAGCCCUCCUAGAAAGAAAGUUAUGGAGUAAAAUGUGCAGGCACCUUCUAUGAAAUGAUUGUGGUGUGGCUUACCUUGUACAUUUCGCUUGGUACUGAGGGAUGCUCCCUAUUGCUAUUAGACAGCAACAGCAUCAGGCAAGACUAUAUGGUCAGGCAACCACGUCUGAAGCUGUAGAAGUGAGUAGUCAGUGGACAGGCAGAGAUCAGAGGUGACAGUGGCAGUGAUGGGGUGAAUGGGAAUGUUUGUAGGAGGGUCUUUCUGUUUGCGCUGGAGAGAGUAGCUAUGCCUUGCUCUGAGUGUGGAUGCCAAAAUAAUUGGAACUUGUAUUUAUGCCCUUUUAAAAUGUGGAAGAGGAGGUUAUUGGGUUGUCCAUUUAUUUAUUUUUUGGCUAUUGUUAUGUAUUUUCUGCUUUCUAUAUUGUGAUCUUAUGUUGUGAAAUGCCCUGAGAUCUAUGGGUAUAGGGUGGUAUACAAAGAAACAAGCAAUCAAAUCAAGCCCCAAAGAGGAUUUGAGAGGUGAUCAGCUGCUCUCUUGCGUCACAAAAAUGACCAGCUUCCCUUGCUUUGCUGAGGAACUUACUCCCGCCAAAGCCCAGUUGCUUCCAGGAGUGUGGAGGCCUUUGUUUUUGACCCACCUCUGCCACUGCCUUACUCUGUGGUCCUGGCCUCUGUUCACUUCCCUUGGCCUGCUAUGUGUAUUGCUUGUGUUUUUGCAAAGCUCCUUGAAUAGCUCUGUGUUCCUUCUGAUCCUUCAUUGCAAUUGCUGCACAGUUGAAACGUUUACUUGCUCUGCGGUUGAGCUCGGAGGCCGUCUUAAUGGGAAGGAAUGAGCAGGCUGGAAUCUGCGUCGGAAAUCAGGUUUUAGGAUUUGCUUUGUUUUGUUUUCAAGCCACGGGGGUUUCCUUUCGUUUGUGUAUGUGGGAGUCGAGCUAGAUUGGCAACGUUCUUCUUUAACUCUCUAGCUCAGGUGAAUUAGUUGCACAAAGCAUAAAGCAUGAAUGCCUCUGUGGAAAUUUUCAUAUCGGUAGAUGAAUGCAGGCUUGCAAGUAACUGCUCGCCUGGGUCGGCUGCAGUAAGCAAGAGGUGUCCCUAGGCGAACAAGCAACGGAACUUUUGCAAACUGGAAGAAGAGGCGAACAGGUGAUUCCUACCCCCUACUUCUCUGGGGCCCUAAAUGGUAUGUGUCACCAGGUGGCUGAUGCAAAGUGGCUCUGAAAGGGAGCAGAAGGCCUGCCUGGCACUCGCAUCGUUGCUCUUCCAGCAAGCGUAUGAUUGGCAGUGCCUGGCUCAUUGCCUCUGGAGAUUGCAGGCAGGAAGGAUUUUCCAGCUCCCUGGCUCAGUUUAGUUAGUUCAUUUUAAGAUGGGCUGCACUCUGUAAAUUUCACACCGGGGCAUUUUGUCAUCCACAGAGACUGGCUGCCUAACCUUGUGUUCAGGGUAGAUGAGCACUUAGGUCCUCAGCAUCGUUUGUCAUUUGGUACCUUGGUGGCUGGACAGUGUCCUCUCUGAGAAGCCACAUGUGGGCAAAUGCAGGAGCAAAUGGCUGGCAUGGGUUGCCAUCACACCUCUUGACCAUGCAGGCAGGGCCCGUGGCAGACUCUGCUGGUCUCCCCGUCAUGCUUUUGCACAGCUGGGAAAAGCAUUCAAUGAGCAGAGCAGCGGAGGGGAAAUGGACUCUCUGGUUACUAAUUGCCUAAGGGGCCUCCUGGGAUGAUCUCUUAGCACGUGGCAGGUACAUGCUUGCAAGAGGUAAUCCUGCACAGCAUCUGUCUCUGCCUUCCCCAGCCUAGUGCCCCCCAGAUGUUUUGGGCUACAACAACUCACAUCACCCCCAGUUUCAUGCAGUCAUGGAGGGCACCAGGUUGGGGAAGGCUGUUCUCUCUAAUAUUUGCUUAACUUUCACAGAUUUUAACUGUGUGCCAUCUGCUAUGAAUUUUGGAAAGCUGUUUGUCCAUCUGUUCUUUUAUGCAUUUGGAAACAUUCUUAAGAUACAGUGAGCAGAUUUUGCAUGUUGGCCCCUGAGAUCAAGGAGCAGGGUUUUGGCUAUUUUUGGGUACCAUUGGAUGCCAUUUUGCAUCCAGACGGAGGACUGAUCUUUUCAAAAGUGUACCGAUUUCAAUCACUGAAUCAAUCAAUCAAUCAAUCAAUCAGUCAAUUACGGCAAACAACCAGAAUAUUUAAACCAUAAUUUCUGCAUAAUUCUCUACAUAAACAAUAAAAACGAUUGAUCUGUGGUUUAACAACAAUCACUGAUUUAACAACUGCAUUGUUUGUUUGUUUGUUUGUUUUUUGUUUCUUCAAAUUCCUGAGCCACCUGGCUAACAGGUUUCCCCUGUACCAAAGGUAGCCCAAUUUACUGCCUUUAACAGUGUUCAAACAUGCUGCUCCAUCUUUCCUUAGUAUAAGGCCAUCUCUGAUAUUGUGAGCCCCACUAGGUCAAGCAAAUCCCCACUUAGCCCAGCAUUCUGCUUCCUACAGAGGCUGGCAAGGUAGUCUCAGGAAACACAUAAGCAGAGAAUGCAGGCAGCAGCCUGCUUCUAUGGUCGUUUACCUCAGCAUCUGGCAUACUCAGGUAGACGUCCUCUGAACAUGGAAGUUCCAGUUAGCUGUAAUUAAGAACAUCAGCUGGACCAGACAUUAGGCCUGUCCAGUGUAGCAUCAUCCCAUUGUAGCCAAACAGAUGUCUCCAGGAAGGUCAAAGCAGGUACCUGAAGGCAGGUAUCCUCAGAUGAAGGUAUGCACCUCUCAGAUUACAGAAUGCUGUUCCAAAAUACUACCUGGGACUGCCUUUGGAUUUUGCUAAAGUUGUCCCCACCCCACCCCAGCCUCAGUUGAAUACACUCUGAAGUUUCCUGCCAAAUCCUUGCGUAGAGGAUCCUGAGAGUUGGUUGGAAAAGUUGCAAAGUAAAAUUGAGUCAAGGGCAGAUAUAAAACGUUACAGCUUGAGUUAUGGGUCCGUGGCAUGUCAGUCUGCGCACUGUUUUUGAUAGCUUGGGGGGGAGGGAAACUUACAUAACUGCACUGGGCAAGCACAGAAUUUGGAUAAGGUCACAUCUGCUGACAUCAGCCCCAGCCCAUGAAAGCUAGAGAUGCCACAGCUGGUUGCCUUGUCUUGAAGGUGUUACAGUGGCACACCAGAACCAAAGUAACCUCAAAGAACCAGUAGACAUACCUUUAACUUGCCUUGUCCACCAGUAUGGUUCUUUCUAGUGAAUCAACUAAAUAUUUAGUGGAUUAAUCUUAGGUAGGUCUUGCAGCCAUACUUUUCUGUUAGCUGAAAGUUCUACAACCCUUGCACCACCCCACCAAAUCCUAGAGUUUGCAAGUCUGUCCCAUGCCCCUUCACUUUUUUCCACCCUGCUCCCUACACUCUGCCCUGAAAUCCAGAAAGUGAAUGCAUCACAGCUCUGCUCCAGUAUGGUGCCAGUGUGGUGUAGUGGUUAGAGUGUCAGCCCAGGACCCGGGAGAGACAAAGGUUCAAAUCCCCAUUUGGCCAUGGGGCUUGCUGAGUGACCUUGGGCUUGUCACAGCCUCCUAGCCUUUUUUUCUUUUAAAAUUAAUUAAUAUUUUGAAGCUUUUCAGUUGUACAAAAUAAAGGGGGGGGGAGAAAGAAAAGAAACAUAAUACAAUAUAUGGUAACAGAUAUAUGAUUCUUAUUUAUGCUUAAUAUAUGAUUAUUAAUGUACUAUGUUCUGUAUAAACUUGUUCCAAAUAUCAGUAUAUAUACCCUUUUUUAAAAAAAAAUUAUACUUUUCAGAUAUAUACAUUUCACUGAUUUUCCAGUCAUUUUGACAUUUUAAAACUUGACUUCCUUCCUCUUCUUUCUGUGGUUCUUUAAAUUUAUUUUUAAUACCUUCUGCAUAUCCAAAUUAACUUAACUUACUCAUUUAUUUACUGUAUUUUUCCGUCUAUAAGACGUCCCCAUGUAUAAGAUGCCCCCUACUUUUGGGUCCUCUAAUACACAGUCCACCCUUGGCACUAUCCAUGUAUAAGAUGCCCCUUAAUUUUUGGCAUUUUAAAAGGGAAAAAACCUAGUCUUAUACAUGGAAAAAUAUGGCAUCUUCUUCAAAGAUAUACUCUUAUGUAACUGCAGAUUGUUAUAAUAACCCUGCCAGUGUUUUUAUCUGUUUACAGUUUAUCUGUAACUAUUCAAUAAACCAUUUCCAUACUUUUAUAAAAAGUUUUAUAAAACAUUUUUUAUCAGCAUAUUUAGCCAAACAAACCCUGCAUCUAUGAGCAAUCCGUUCAUAUGUUGCGAGUGCUGCCGUGCCUUCAAUCCAUUGGUUAAAGGAAACCAUUGGUUAGUAGCAGGCUUCCUCAACCUCUGCCCUCCAGAUGUUUUGAGACUACAGUUCCCAUCAUCCCUGACCACUGGUCCUGCUAGCUAGGGAUCAUGGGAGUUGUAGGCCAAAAACAUCUGGAGGGCCGAGGUUAAGGAAGCCUGGUUAACAGGCUAUAUUAGCCCAACCUACCUCACAGGGUUGUUGUGAGGAUUCGGUGGAGAACCACGAAUGCCACCUUGAGCUCCUUGGAGGAAAAAGCUGGGAUAUAAAUGCAGCAAAUAAAUAAACAGAACGCACCAGGCAUAUGGUUUGCAUUCGGCUGAAAUUCUGUAGCCGUAAUUGCUUGGUUUCCGCCCCUGGGAGUCCCUGCUCAUUUGUUUUCUUCCUUUCCUGCCCAUCCUUCGCCAGGUGGUGCAGCGCAUCAAGGCCGUGGAAGCGGAGACUCGCUUGCUGGUGGUGGACAAAGAGACCGACGAGUACCUGCGGAGCCUGCAGCUCACCUGCACUGAGGAGAUGGCCCGCACGGGCAUCGUGGCAAACCCCGAGGUGUCGCCGGUCAAGCCGACUGCAAGCGACAACAACGGCGAGGCCUGGAAGCCCCAGCUGGACCUGAGCAACCGAAACCUCAAGAGGCACAAGCACAGCUUGAGCUCGGAGAGUGGGAAGAAGGUAAGGCCAAUUUCAGGCGCAUUCGGAGGGUCGUGUGGGUGUAACUCUGGGCAGCCAGAGGUUUCUGGGUUGCUCUGGACUUUCCAGUAUGAUGGCGGCCAUGCGCAAGCGUGAUUUACCGUAUUUUUCGCUCUAUAAGACGCACCAGACCAUAAGACGCACCUAGUUUUUGGAGGAGGAAAACAAGAAAAAAAAUAUUCUGAAUCUCAGAAGCCGGAACAACAAGAGGGAUCGCUGCGCAGCGAAAGCAGCAAUCCCUCUUGCUGUUCUGGCUCCUGGGAUAGCUGCGCAGCCUGCAUUCGCUCCAUAAGACGCACACACAUUUCCCCUUACUUUUUAGGAGGGAAAAAGUAAGUCUUAUAGAGCAAAAAAUACGGUAUAUUUCUCCGCUUAAAGCACACUUGCACCACUUUAUGUCAUGGCUCCCCUCAAAGAAUCCUGGGAGCUGUAGUUUGUCAAGCGCGCUGGCCUCGCAGAGCUGCAGUUCCCAGCACCCAUUGCAAACGACAGUUCCCAUGAAUGUUAUAGAGUGGUAUGAGAGCACACUUUGAAGGCAUGCUGCACAUGCCUGACGGAGUUUGCAUUUAAAGAGGAAGCUACCUCAUUUGCAAUUUCUGAAACAACACGUGAAACAGAGAGCAGACGGCCUUUGAAAUUCUGGAUUUUGCAAAGCAGUUUGCCGGCCAAGUUAUGCGUAACAGAAUGUGUAUACUUGUGUGCAUAGAAAUGCCCCUCUUGGUGAAACUAAGAUGCAAAAAUGCAUUGUAUUGGGGGAAUUGUAUUGCAAAAAAAUGUGUACUUUGGGCAAAAUUGCUAGCAAUGAUGUGGAUAUCGGGAGAGAUCAGCACUGAAAUGCAUGACGGAUUUUCAUGAGGACUAGCCAAACUUAUAUGGAAAUGUGUAGAUGUUAAGGUUUGGGAAAUGAGCUACUGAAAGAGGCUGAAAUGGUCAGAUUCCCCCAUCCCUUGCCCAGCCACUGAAAACGCCUGAUUGUGUUUCUCUUGGGCUGGAGGUGGCAGAUGGACUUGCUUUGAAGGAAUGCAAAAAGGCUGGCCGGGUGAGUGGGUAGGGUCACCCAGCAGCAUUUUGACUGGACAUUGGGAGUGAGUGUCGGGACUGUGAUGAAUACACAGCAGAGGGAGGUUUUUAGUUGGGCUUUCCUGCACUAGGGAGGGAUGUGGUGGUGGGAGGGAUAAUCUGGCAUUAGCGGAAAGGGAAGGGUUAGGGGAAUGAAGUGGUCCUUAGUUACUCUGUGGCAAAUGAGGUCAAGAUGUGUCGUUAGGGCUCUAUUUACAGGCUCCUGGGGUCAUGCCAUCAGCAGAUUCUCUAGGCUGAAAAGGGGGCUAAGAUAUUAGCUCCAUUAAUUCCGACCUCAUGGCAUGUGAGAUGGAAGGUGUGCCCAUUUGGUGGUUUGUAGCAAAACAGGCAGGCAAAAUGGGAAUUCUGCGACCACGAAACCCAGAUUCUGUGUCCUGAAUAAUUGAAGGGAAGCUAAGCCGGUUUGCAAAAGUUUGCAGACAGUUUUGGAUUGGCUCUCAAUAGAGUAAAGGGUAUCUGUUUGGGUGUGGGCAGAAGGAACUACAUGGAUAACUGAAUUCCCAACAUUUGUUUGAAGUAUUGUUCCCCCUCCUCCUACCCAGGCCUGCAAAACUUCUUCUGCAUCAGACAUGACUCACCUUGGUUCUAUGCAAAUGUAAUUAAAUUGGAGAAAUAAAUGACAACAAUAAUAAAAAAAGUCAGAAUUGCUACCUAGCUGAGAAACUUGACAAAAAAUUUCCUCUCUCACCCUGUAUUGAAAAUGGUUUUUCAUAGUGGUGUUUAGACAGGCAGCCUUGUUUAAAAAAACAGCCUCAAUGUGGACUAGUGAUUUGUGAGCUCUUCUUUGAAAUACAGUUAAAUUUACAGAAUAAUCCUAUCCAUAUAUGCCUGACCUUUGCAUAGGCCAUUGGGUUUGUGUGUAAGAGAGAGGUAUAUUGGGGUUUUGGUUGCUGCUGCCUUUUAAUUUGUAUUUUGAAUCCAGUUUUUUUUUUAAUGCUGCUUUUCAUUUUAUAGUUAAAUUUGAUUCUGAAAUGUAUGCAUUUCCGCCCUGGGACCUUUGGGUGAUGGGCAGAUUAUUAUUAUUAUUUGAAAUGAGCACAUGAAUAAAUAUUUUUAAUGGGGCUUGCUCCCAGGCAAGGGCAGACAAUCUUGCACCAGGUACGUCUUAAACCGGUCGAGAACCCUACUGAUUUUAUAGGUGUCUUUGCAUUGUAAUGAGUCCCAGGCCAGGAGCCCUGAUAACCUCAGGCAAGCACAUGCAGCUCAGCUCCUGAGAAUGCCGUCAUGUUCCCUUGACUCCUUUACAAAUGCACUUCCGCUCUUGCUGCCGCUCUGCGCAGGCUGUUGAAAAAGAGAAAAAGCAACAGUGAGCAGAGAGGGUCACCAUCAGGUCAGGUUUAUAAAGCUUAAAUUACAGCUGCUGCGAAACACCUUAUAAGAGAGACCCUGGGGCAGGAUCUGCAGCCUUCCCAGCACUAAUUAGCCCACUUGUGAUGUUUUCCAGGGGAGUGGGUGGAAAUCGAUCUCUCGCAUGUUGCGAAUGGAUCGCUAAGGGGGAGGGAAGCACCAGCCCCUCUCCUGAGUAAAGUUGAACUCAUGGCAGGGUGUACCCCACUACAGUGGUACCUUGGUUUAAGAACAGCUUAGUUUAUGAACAGCUUGGAUUAAGAACGCUGCAAACCCGGAAGUAGGUGUUUCGGUUUGUGAACUUUGCCUUGGAAGCAGAACAUGUUCCGCUUCCUGUUGAGUGUGUUCCCUUUGUAAAUUGAGUCCCCCGCUGCUAUGGGAAAGCACACCUUGGUUUAAGAACAGACUUCCGCAACGGAUUACGUUUGUAAACCAAGGUAUCACCGUAUGUUUUUUUUUAAAGGGAAAUAAAUUAAAUUAUAUGCCCCACGGAAAUCUCAGUUCUGCAACCUGCCGAAAUGAGGCAGAUAAGCAUAUUUACAUUUUUGUCCUGCCCUCCUCUUAUUUUGCAUUAUUGGGGUGAGGGGCAGUGACUAACAUUUUCUGUCUGCUGUAACUUUUGUUCAUCCAUAUGUCCCCCUUAGCUAGCUUCACAGAGUUCAGUACAUAAAUGGAUCUGUGCUUUCAGGUUUAUACUGAAGACUAUAGACCUGCUCUUUUAAAAAAAAAAAAUAAUAAUUAAAAUCCAUUUCUGACGUCUUGUAGGAUUGUGGCCUUUGGCGCACAGCACUGGCCUGGCUGCUCUCAGGCAGACUUAACUGGUGAGGCUGUGAUUUAGGGUCCUCUGCCACAGAACGGCAGACCCUCCUCAGACGUUUUCCAGAUUCUAUACAGGGCUGGCUUUUAAAAACUCAAAACAUUCAUAUCCAGCCCAGGAAAGGUUCGUUUUAUGUCUUUUAUCAGAGAAGCUCCGAUUGCGAGGGAAGAUUGCAUGGUGGCAUGUUUUUGGCCUCAACUGUGUGCUUUUCUGAGAGGACAAGGAAGAUUCAUGGCCGUUUGAGAGCCUGCCACGUUGCUGACACAGUCCAGUUUUAUCUGUUGCUAGAACCAAUGAGACAUGUUAUCGUCCCAGGCAGGUAGCUCAGGUGGUUAGAGCUUGGUGCUGAUAACGCCAAGGUUGCAGGUUCGAUUCUUGUAUGGGACAGCUGCAUAUUCCUGCAUUGCAGGGGGUUGCAUUAGAUGAUACUCAGGGCCACUUCCAACUCUACACUUCAAUGGUUUGGGAUGGUUUGUUGUUGGUUACCCUCUAGAACAGCAGCGGGGGUAGUUUUCUCAGCCCGAGGGCUGCAUUUUCCUGUGGGCAACCUUCCAGGUGCCACAUGCCCGCAGUGGGGAGGGCUAGAGGCAAAAGCGGGCAGGGGAAUGAGUGUCAAUAUUACCUUUGUACAGUGGGCUAGUUUCUACAUCCGCUGCGCUUUCCAUCCUCCAGGCAAGCAGGAGACAUCAUCAGAAUUCAAGGACGUGUCCCAGGCAGGCAAUAAUCCUCCAGGAGGGGAUGGAGCAGGGGCGUGGCUUCGGGAGAGUUCCGAGGGCCAGAUAAGAAGCUUGGAGGGCCGUAGGUUCCCCAGCCCUGUUAUAAAGCAUGUUGAUGCUCUUCUUGGCACCUUGACCCCCUUGGCUUUUCCUUCUCCCUACCUGUCACCACUAUUCUUAUUAUCGCUAUCAUUUCCCUCUGUCAUUUCCCCUUCACCGUGCUACAGUUCCCAGCACCCUUAAACUACAGUUCCCAUUAUGGGAGGAAGUGCUUUAGAUGUGUGCUGAAUGUGCUUGAAAUCUGCGGUGUGGAUCUGCCAGCGUUCUUGCAGAAAGCGCAAGCUCCUAACCGAGGGAGGGUCCGGGGCGGGCAUGGGAUCAAAGUGUGCGCUCGGUGCCAUACGCAUGACCUCAGAGCAUCCUCCUCUCCUUCUCCCGCCUCCCAUUAGAGUUCUGGUCAGGAACUUGAACCGCCUGGUUGUUUUUGAGUCGGGGUGUUGGCAGGAAGCCCCUCCCAAGAAGGAAGGUAUCCACCCCGCAACAGAAAUUUCCUCUGCAGCUGUAUUUUUAGUGAAACACAAAGCAAGUGGAAACGGUUGGGAGGUGGGAGCAAGAUUAGCAUCAGGAUGGGCUAGGCUGGGCCCCACGUUUGUUCCCAGGGACACAAGCGAGCGCCGUGGGUCUCUGGACCAAAGGAGCUUCAGAUUCCCAGCAGAAAGGGUGGUUGCUGCUGAAGAAUUGUGCACCAAUGUCUCAGUGCAAGACUUAGCAGUGUGAUGUUUCCAUGGCCAGGAUCAGGCCGCUGGGUGCAAAAGAACAAUACAGUGGUACCUCGGGUUACAUACGCUUCAGGUUACAGACUCCACUAACCCAGAAAUAGUGCUUCAGGUUAAGAACUUUGCUUCAGGAUGAGAACAGAAAUUGUGCUCUGGCGGUGCGGCAGCAGCAGGAGGCCCCAUUAGCUAAAGUGGUGCUUCAGGUUAAGAACAGUUUCAGGUUAAGUACGGACCUCCGGAACAAAUUAACUACUUAACCCGAGGUACCACUGUACUCUAAAAUCAUCUUGUUAGUCCUCAUGCUGGCUCUAAAGAGAUGGAAGUAGUACCCCAACAUCUUGACCCUCUUCUUCCAUUGCCCAGGGUUUUGUUUAUUUAUUGUGUAUUUGUUGCAUUUAUAUCCCACCCUUCCUCUGAGGAGUACAUGGCUCUUUUCCUCCCCAUCUCACCCUCACGACAACCCUGUGAGGGAGGUUAGGCUGAGAGCGAGUGACUGAGAUCACCCGGUGAGCUUCAUGACAGAGUGGGGGAUUUGAACCUUGGUCUCCCAGGCCUUAGUCCGAUGUUCUGACCACUACACCACGCUGGCAUUGCAUGUGGUGAUAAGAGGUUUUGGCUCAAAACCUGCCUCGGUGCAUGUUUUACGCAGAUAAAAUGGGUACAAAGAUGCAUAGUUUGCGAAAUACAAAAGUGCUUCAGAGACAGUGUUUUACGCGGGUUGAAAAAUAUCAAUUUGUAGAUUGAUGGAGAAACAGGAAGUAGGAGACUUAUGAACGAACACAUGCAAAACGGAGACAUAUCAAGUGAUCUUGAGCGUGCAAUAAGGAACAAAAACCUCAUUAUCCAAAGGGGCACUCCCUUAUCCCUGAUCUAUCUCAAAUGAGAUAGUGAGAGCCAGUGCGGUACAGUGGUUAGAAUAUUAUUAUAUAACCCAGGAGACCAGGGUUCGAAUCCCACUGGGCUAUGAAGCUCCCUGGGUGCUCUUAGGCCCGUCAUUACCUCGCAGGGUUGUUGUGGGGACUAAAUGAGGAGCAGUUGCCUCUUUUUUCUUCCCCGGUUUCCUACCUGGUGAAUGGGUCUGUAAAGGACUGGGCAGUCUCAAAUUCUCAAUCUCUCUCUAGCCAGAUAAGAAAGAGUGUUGGUUUUUUUAAAAAAAAUGUAAACUUCCUUUAUUCGGGGAAUUAAUAAAUAAGCCAGAAACUUUCAAACUCACUCACUGGCUUGUAAGAAUAUUAAAUAGCUGUAAACUAAUUAGGAAUAUGUUGGCAGGACCCAGGCGACUGCGUGAGCUCUCGUGUACUCCUUAUUCUGCAGAUCCCCAGCUUAAUCUUUUACAUCUGACUGUUUAAGCAUUUGCCUGACAAACAGAGCUGCAUUCAGGCAAGCCACAGAUUUAAGUGGUGGCUUUAAAGUUCUCUGAAGGGCCUUUUAAUUCCAUUAACGGGUUGGCGAAUGCGGGAUUAGCGGGUCAUUUAAGACCUCUGAGCAGCUCUUCAUUGGGAUUUCUGAUAAAGGAGCUCUGGGGAAAAACCCAAAGGCCCCAAUAGACCAGAGCUGAUUUUCCCACGGGUUUGAAGGGAGCAGGAGGUGUUUUAGAAGCUCCCGGAGGAGCUGGAAGAGUUAGAGGCAAAUUGAGCAGUCAUGUGCUGACAACUCAGAACCAUGGAAGGGACCUGAGGGUCAUCUACAAUGCAAGGCCCCCUGCAAUGCCAUGGGUGGCAAAAGAGAGAGAGAAUUGAGAUUGCAAAGUUUUUACUUGGAACAAUUGAUGCAGGUUUCUCAGACUUCUCAGUGUGCAUUUGUGAUGAUUUGCACUCAUGAUGGUGUUGGCACUCUGAUUCCAUAAGAAGAGCCUGAUGAAUCAGGCCAGAGGGGACCUAACUUGCCUGACAUCCUGUUCUCCCAGUGGCCAACCAGAAGCCAGUGGGAAACUCUCAACCUCACACAUCUAAGACUGGAGGGGAAGGCUUUCAGGUCAGGGAGGAUGAUGUCCAGCUUCAAUCCCCACACCUCCUGUUUUUAGAAAACAAGCGCUAUCUCAAAUUUGAGAUAGGCCAGUGUGUCUGGUCCCCAGGAAAGCAAGAUGUUCAACUUGGUGCAGAGAGGGGUUGGGGAGAGGAAUUAUUUUGAGCCAGGGCCUAGGCUUUUCAGAGGCAUAUGAACUAGUAAUGGAGGCGGUGCCUCUGAGCAGGACUUGAUCUCCUUCCCCUUACCACCAAAUAACCAUCAACUUAUAAAGUCCACAAACUAGAAGCCUCAGGUCCCAGUUCCUCUCUUCUUAGAAAUUAGAUGCAAUGAUUCUGUUAAAAGCUCAAGGCUACUGUUGUCCCUGGAUACCUUUUUGCAGGGGAAAGAACAUCAACAGACUUGUUGCACGAUCUCCUCCACCCCAUCUUCGGUGUCCUUUAGGGCCUCCUUUUGCUUUCUCAGAACCAAGCUGCUCACAGCUCUGUUCUCUUUCGGGGAAAGGGCCUGCUGGUGAUGUUUCCUGGAAGCAGAGCUGUGUUUAUGCCAACGGCCCAAGCGAUUUGGUGAUGAUGGGUGGUGGGGAAAGAGUUCCAUUAACAUGUCUGUGAUGAUCUCUAGGGAUGGGAGAUCGCUAGGGAGGGGGGAGAAAGUCGACCCAACUGACAAUCAAAAGCGAACCUGCCGAAUUCACACUUUGCAAAACAAUGCAAGAACCAAAGCACAGUCUCCUUGGAAAUACGUGCUUUCCUGACUUUUGCAGUGCAGUUGUAAUGGGUACAAAAAUGCAUGUGCUAAGGUAAAGUGUCCAUAAAAAUGCACAUAUUGGUAAAAAAGAGCAUGCAAAAGGGGAAAAAUUGCUUUGUAAACAAGUGUACUUUAGGCAAAAUUGCAUACAAAAUGUGUAUAUUGGGAGGAAUUUGCACUAAAAUGCUGAUGAAUUCUAAGGAGGGUUUUCAACAAUGCAAACUGAUGUGGCGAACUGAAUUUAAGACUGGAAAAAUGAGAAGCUGAAAAUGACAGAUUUCCCUCUGCUUAGGGAUCACCCAAGGUGGCUGGGCAAUCUUCUCAGAAUUCAGAAAAAGCCAAUCUCUUGCAGUUUUGCAGAGGAUAGUGCAAGGGCACUUUGGCGGCUGCCAUCGAUGCUGGGUCAGUGCCAGCGUCGGUGGGUGGCCCCAAGGGGGUGUGAUGAGGGCAGGGAGGCUCCCCUGGGUUGUGGGUGGGCUUGCUCCUUGGUGAGAGAUUGGAGCAGCUGGCAGGUGCAUGCGUGUGGGUUCACCUGGCUCCCAAGAGUGAAGUGGAAUGGCAGGGAGCUGCAUCUGUGGUUAGAGCAUGAAUCCAGCUCAAAAACGCAUAUUCAGUGUGAUUGGUGGGAGAUUUUGCUACUUCAUAUUCUUUUGAUUGGUUGGUUGUAAUUAGAAUCCUGUUAACUGCUUUAGAGUGGGUGUUUUGGGGGCCCAAAGCAGUAUAUAUAGAGAAAUCGUAACAUUUAUCCAGUUUUUAAGGAUUAUUUUAUGGAUUGUGUUAUUGUAUGAUUUAAAAAAAAAAUCUAUUUGCCUGUUUGCAAAUUGCUGUAUGGCUUUUGCAAAGGGUGGCAACAUAAAUUAUCUAACUAAGGAACACACUGCUACAUUGGAACCCCUGAGAAAUUAUCCCCUUCUUUCAUACCACUAAGGUAGCCAUGCAAACCCUUUUUUCAACAUGCCAGGGAGCUGCCUUUUAGCCUUUUACAUACACAGUGGUCAAGAUAACUUGCCUUUUUUAAAAAACCUCUGGCAAAAAACAACCUCCCUGGCUGACUGUUCUGAACAAAGGCUGGGAUCUGUGGACAGGUUCCCAAAUGCUUCAGCUGUAAUUCAGAGCAAUAUAUCAGGAUUAUCAUGCCAGGUUAAUAGCUAUGAAGCCUUCUUGAUAGACUCUGAUUAAAAGCACCUUCAGAAGCCAAGUGCGUCAUAAUGGAGACAGAUCUGCCACUCUGGAAAAGCCUGCAGUGAUGGAGAGCAGAAUCUGUCAGGGUCUUGCAGACAGAAUAGUCAGCGGAUUGGAGCGCUGUUCCUGUAAGCAAGGGCUUUUUGGUGGGGUAGUGGGGGGAAAGAAGGUUAAAAUGGAGACAUGGCAGGGCAGGCUUCGCCAACCUGGUGCUCCCCAUAUGUUUGGACUGCAGCCUCGUUCAGCACAGCUGUAGGAUGCUGGGGCUGAUGGCAGCUGUAGUCUAAAAUAUCUGGAGGGUGUGAGGUUGAAGCACAGGAGGGAGGCACAGUUGCUCUUGUGCUUGAAUCCUGUUUGAGGGUUUCCCACUGGGGCAUCUAGUUGGCCACUGUGAGAGCAGGAUUCUGGACUAGAUGGGCCAUCGAUCUGGUCCAGCAGGCUCUUCUUAUGUUCCUAGAUUAGGGAAGGCUUGGGUAGAUCUCUGUUCUGAUCUUGCAGGGCACUAUUUACAUUCCUGCUAAAGAUCUCGAUUAGCCGCUUAGCUUUAAUUAACAGCACUGUUAUGUCAGCUCAAAAUUUCCUCUUGUGUUGACAGUAAGCCAUCUAAAGUGCUGUUCCUGGCCUAGGUAACAUUUCAAGGCCAGCAGCUUUGGUUGUUGGUGUGGAAACCCUCUCAGUCAAAACCAAGAGGUUCCCCCCCCCAGCUGUCUUUGAUGAAAAUUACAUUUACAGUGGUACCUCUGGUUACGUACUUAAUUCGUUCCGGAGGUCUGUUCUUAACCUGAAACUGUUCUUAACCUGAAGCACCACUUUAGCUAAUGGGGCCUCCUGCUGCCACUGCACGAUUUCUGUUCUCAUCCUGAAGCAAAGUUCUUAACCUGAGGUAAUAUUUCUGGGUUAGUGGAGUCUGUAACCUGAAGCGUAUGUAACCUGAGGUACCACUGUAUAGCUUUAAUAGUAGUAAGAAGUGGAACGUACAUAACAUGACUGCUGAAUCUCUCCAAGAAAGCACCCGUAGUCAAGAAAUGGAAGCCAACAUCUCUCUGAGGAGAACCAUUUUGCUCUGGAGAUGGUGGUAUCAACUGAGCUGCUAUCGGCCUACCUGCCAUGGCGAGUGACAAAAAGCCAGCACAUUCCAGCUACGCCCUGGAAGGCUGAGGCCCCACCCUGUAAGGUCAAUAACUUGUUCUUGCAUUAUAGCCAUUUCCAAAAAGGUUGGGUCACCUAGAUAUUUCUUAGAGGCCUCUGAAGCCUGUUUCACCCCCCAUUUAACUAUAAGCAUUCCGUUUUUUUUAAAAAAAGUGAGCAUCAAUACAAGCUGUUCAUUGUAUGAAUCUUAACAACAAGAACUUGCUACCUGAGUUCCUUUCCUUUCCCCUCCUCAUUCAUUUCUCCUUUUGUGUCAUGUCUUUAUAGGUUGUUAAACCUGAGGGCUAGGACUGUGUUGUGCUCUAUUGAUCUGUAAGUCCCCCUGAGAGCUUUUUCUGGCUGAAGAGCAGGGUGUUAAAUGCUUUGAAUGAGCAAAUAGAUAGCAAUACUAAUGAUUUGCGAGUGAGUAGCUUGAUCUGAACAGGCUAGACAGCUUUGGUGCCCAGGAGACUGUGAGUAAAGGCAGUGGGAUCAAAAAGGUUGAGUUACACAUAACUGAUUUGAACUCAGCUUGUGAAAUCUUUAGCUUCAGAUCUGAGGCAGGUCUCUAGUGGAACAAAAAUGUUUUGAAAUGUGGGACCUACAGGUUCAGCAAAGAAUUAUAGACACACAUCUUCUUUGACUUCGGGAUUAUGUUUUUGGAUGCUGCCUUAGGAGAGGUUGAGGUGCUUGAACUGGGAUGAAGAUGAGUUGUAGGAUUCAAUGUGGAGUUGCUUUAUGUUGAGCCUUCCCCAAUCUGAAGCCUGUUUUGGGCUUCAGCUCCCAUCAUCCUCAGGCAGCUCCAUGGUCCCAAACAUCUGGAGGGCACCAGGUUGGGGAAGGCUGGUAAAAUAUGUCUGCUCUAGCAUAUAUCUCCCUAAGGAGAUAAUGGACUUUUAGGAGGAAUUUAAAGACCUUCCUGUUUCCUCAAGGCAUUUGAUGGCUAGAAGAUAGUAUUCUUGGUAGCCCCAUAAUCACCAGCUGAGAGAAUGUUUUUAGAAUGUUUCUGUUUUUAGAAUGCCUUUGACUAUGUUUUUAUUAUAAUUGGUGUGUUUGCCACACUGAGCUUUUUCAGGAGGAAGGGCAGGGCAAAACAUUGAAAUAAAUAAGGAAUAUGGUUCCUUGACAAGGGCCUCUAGUGAUACUAGGGUCUCCGCAGCAAGGGAAGCUUGCAGUGUUUGUGACUUUUUAGUUUAGAGAAAGGUUGGGCAAGAGGUGACACAAUACAUGUUUCCAAAAUUAUGCAUGGCAUAGAGAAAGUGGAUAGAGAAAAGUCUUUUCCCCUCUCUCAUAACACUAGAAUUUGUGGACAUCCAGCAAAGCAGAAUGUCGGAGUUCAGGAUUUACAGAGGAUAGCCAUGAUGGCUCCACAGUUGGAGGCAGCAAUGCUUCUGAAUACCAGUUGCUAGAAACCACAGUGGCAGAGAGUCACUCUUGUACUCAGAUCCUGCUUGUGGGCUUCCUAUUGAGGCAUCUAUCCCAUUGACUCAUUGGCCUGAUCCAGCAGGACUCUUCUUCAUCAGGGCUGGUCCAGCCAUUGGGCACCCACUUCAUGUGGCAGAUUUGGGAUGGGUGGGAAAUACCAGUGAGGGACUGGAGAGCAAAGCAGGGGAGGGGGGGAAUUAAGAGCUUGCCCUUCAUCCUUUUUGCCUUUAAGAUGCUGCCCCAUCAACAAGGCAGCUUGUUGUGCUACAUGAAGUAUGGUGUGUGCCUUUGUGGGCACCAUCUUGUCUGCCUCAGGCAGCGACAUUUCUUCAUCUGGCCUUGCCAGUCAUUAAAAGCAGGAGGACAGGACAAUAAAAAUGGAGGAAAUGUACACAGGAAGUGUGGGGGAUUCAGCAGUGGGGCUGAUGGGUGCUGCGGGCCUGCAACACCUGGAGAGCACCAGAGAAGGCUGUUCUCUGUUUGCAGCAAGAUUGGAACGUGUUGGUCCUGUGCCAUGUUGCUAACAGUUCUCCUGUUGACACAGCCGUGACACAAAUGAAGAAGCAGGUCAGGAACGCCUUCCAAGCUGGAGCAAACAUACUUGAUCAGCUCCAGCCAAAAGCAGAGGUCCUUUCUGUCUCCUCUCCAGGCUCACGCUACCUUCUUAUGCAGCCAGGGUAUAAAAGGGUUGGUGGCUUUAUUCGUGAGUAUUGAAUAUAGUAAGGGCUGCUGCCCCUGUUUGCAUGGCUUUCCAAACCCAUGACUUGCCUUGCCAAGCCCCAGCCCAUCUCCUUACAGCUCACCCAAACCCCCAUCCCAUCACAGCUCCUAUAUCCCCUCACAGCUCCUCUGUGUCACACCACCCGAACUUCUGUUAUGGUAAGAAAUGCCACUGCUUUCUACAAGUGGUUCUGUCAUGCCUUUCACAAUCAGUUCUGGAUGUCUGUGCCCAUCAGGGAGAAAACACCUAUCCCUGGUGCUCACGGCCACCUGACUGCCAUGGAAGAUGUGGAUAAAUUUUGGGUCGGUUUCAACACUGCAUGUCUUCCUUCCUUGCUAAGUUUCCUUCCAGUUUACUGUGAGUCUUGGCAAUCUUCAGAUAAACUCCCUGAUGAAUCACUUUGGUACCAGCUGAUAAUGUGGUGCUUUGUUCUUUCAUUCCCUUGGCGCCUCUUUUUCCAGAAAGGUAGAUUGCGCUGGUCUCUUGCAGGAUAAGCAAAACCAGAGGCCUUGGGGUCCUCUUAAAGUUUGCUGUAAUAAAUGUGAUGGUCUUUAAAGGUGCCACAAGCUUCUUUGUUGUUUGUGUGCUGCUUGUAUACUUGGCCCUGCAUAACCCAGUUUAUUGUGUAAAACCGAAGAAGUUGAGCAGAUUUUUAACUAAAAAAAAUCGUUUAAAAACAAAGCAGCUAUUUUUUGCCCUCUCUCACACCUUUGUUAGAGGGAUGUUUGCCAAGAGGCGAAAUCUUAGACCAUAAUGGCUGCUUUCAGAGUGUAUGGAGAGAAAACGGUUCCUGGUCACUCUGUCCUCUUUGCUUUGUCUUGGAUCAAGAUAGAUUAGAUUCCAUCGCAGCAUUCUUCCCAGCAAAGGGCGGGAAUGGAUUAUAUUUGGCUGCUAAGCUGAAAACGGAGCUGAUAGACCCUGUCCAUCACACCACGCACACCUCGCCUCUCCGGAGAUGGCGCUGCUCUCUGCGGGGUUAUCUGACCCAGCUGAUAAUUCGUGAUUUGUACCUGCUUAAAAGUAAAUUGAAGAAUGUGGAAAGGUGGAGACGUGCUGGCUGGGAGUUGUAUCCUAAAACAUCUCUGCGGUUUCACAGGGUUGGGCGAAGGCUGGCAUAGGAUAUGCAGUGCUCAAAGUGACGUGUGUUGGUAGGGGCGUACGUGAACAGUCGCAAGACGGUUUUUAUCAGGGGCUCAGCCACGUGUGUUUCUGGAAGCUGUUGCAUUUUGAUAAGCUGGGUGGGAAUGGACGGCUGAAUUCUUGCAAGCUUCUUUUGAUUUAAUUAACUGGAGCAUCUGUCCCUGGACAGUUUUCAGAAGGGUAGAGAGGUGGCUGUGUCAGUUUCUUGGACCCAGUGACAAAUGCACAGAAGCUGAAGCUGCAAUAAAAUUUGCCUUUGAGAUGUUCUUCCUAGUAGUUAAGUUUAUGAUCUUAACGUAUGAUGGGGAGAAAGUGGAUGGAGGAAAGUUUCUGUCUCUCCCCAAAAAAACACUAGAACUUGCAGACAUCCAGUGAAGUUGAAUGUUGGAAGCUUCAAGACAGUCAGAAGAAACUACUACUUCAUGGAGCACAGAGUUAGAUUGUGGAACUCACUUGUACAGGAGGCAGUGAUGGUCGACUACUUGGAUGCCUUUUAAAUGGGAUCAGACAAAUUUAUGGAGGGGAAUAAGGCUGUCAGUGACUGGGGAAACCCAGCCAGAUGGGAAGGGCAGAAAACAACAACAACAACAACAACAACAACAACAACAACAACAACAACUCAUGAUGGGUCUGCUGGAAACCACAGGGAGAGAGAGGGCUUGUGUGGUCAGGUCUUGCUUGUGGGUUUCCUUUUGGUGUAUGUGGUUGGCUAUUGUGGGGUGCAGGGUAUUGGACUAGAUGGGCUAUUGGCCUGAUUCAGCAGGGCAAAUUAUUAUGUUCUGAUAAGAUAGUAAAGAAAGAUUCAUGGCCCUUUUUUGCUCGCUCUCCCCCCCAUAAAUUAUUAUUGUAUAUAAAUUAUUUCCCUUUGCCUUGUACGUGUUCAUUUUAAAAGGAAUGUACAGAAAAGAACAAAGUCCAUUUAGUUUCUAAAAUAAAGCCAAGGAUCUUACUAUGUUUAUGCAGAAUUUUCAGCUGAUCUGCUGAGGAACUUCUGCACAUGUUCUAGGAGGGGAGAAUAGGAUUCUGGGGCAAUUUGGGGGGGACCCAUUUGGAGCCAAACUGGAUGGGAUAGGGCAGCUACGUGCUUGUAUUUGUUCACCUACAGGAGGGUUGCGGAAUUGUUAAGAAUACAUGCAUAAAAUGCUUAUACUGGGGUAAAUGUGCAUAGAAUGCAUAUAUUACUGAAAAUAACAUUAAAAAUGCAUAAUAGUAGGGGAAGUCACUUUGCAAAAACAUGUAUCUUAUGGAAAACUGUAUGUAAGCAUAUUUAUAUUAGGAGAAAUCUGCUGACAAAUUUUCAUUAGGCUCUUUAAUGUGAGAAUUGAAUUUAGGAUUAUCACUUUUCACUGCACAGUUUUCCCACCUUUAAAUUGCAUAAGGGCAUUACAACGUAAAGGGCUGGACAGAGAGCCAAAAUUGUGAUUUUGUUAAUGUCCACAUUUGCUAAGAGGAUGUUUGCGGGAACAAAAAAAAAAAAGUGUGUUGUAACUUUACACACAGGCAGCUCCUGCAGGAACGGAAAUCAAGGUCAUCUGCUGGCCUUGCUAAAUAGCAAAUGCUGCUGCUGUUAUUAUUAAUGAUAAUAUUUAUUCAAAAGCCUGAGCUCAGUAGCGCUAAGAGGAUGAGAUUUGGGAGGCAGGCAUGCCCAUUUACUGGCAACAAGAUGUUCCUUUGCCAGCUGUUCUUAGUUUGGUUUGGACUUCGACACGAGCUUAGUUCAAAUGUAACACCCAACCGUGGUUUCAGGCCUGGUGCCAGUGGUUGACCAGGUCAGGCACUGACUAAGGAACCCUGGAGCUUGGAAGGGGGACAUCAGAGUGCCAGUAUGGUGCAGGGGUUAGAAUGUUGGGACUAUGGCCUGGGAGACCAAGGUUCGAAUCCACACAGCCCUGAAACUCACUGGGUGACCUUGGGCCAGUUACUGCCUCUCAGCCUUACUCAGCUCACAGUGUUCUUGUAUGGUUAAAAUGGGGCGAGGGAGAACUAUGUACCUGACUUUGAGCACCUUGGAGGAAAGGCAGUAUACAGUGGUACCUCGGGUUAAGUACUUAAUUCGUUCCGGAGGUCCGUUCUUAACCUGAAACUGUUCUUAACAUGAAGCACCACUUUAGCUAAUGAGGCCUCCUGCUGCUGCCGUGCCACCGGAGCAUGAUUUCUGUUCUCAUCCUGAAGCAAAGUUCUUAACCCGAGGUACUAUUUCUGGGUUAGCGGAGUCUGUAACCUGAAGCGUAUGUAACCUGAAGCGUAUGUAACCCAAGGUACCACUGUAUAAAUGUAAUCAAGUAAAAAAGAAAAAGAAACCUCACUGGCCCAACCCAUCACCAUUCACUGACUGCCCGCCCACUAGGCCCCUGGAUGCUUUUCAGCAGCACGUGAUGGAGCUGCUUUUGAAAGUGACCCAAGCGCAGGUCUCAUCUGCCUGCUAUUUUAAAUUACCAAGAACGUAAUGGCCCACCUCAUAGAUCUACGAAACCUAUUGUUCUCUAGAUCUGUAGGCCAGGGCAUCGAUACCUCAUAACAACAGCCUGCUAGAUCAGACCAGUGGCCCAUAUAGUCUAGCAACCUGUUCUCUCCACUCCUGCAGUUUCCGGCAACUGGAAAUUGAGACGCAUUUCUGUCUCCGAACGUGGAGGCAGAGCAUAGCCAUCAUGGUCAGGAGCCAUUGGUAGCUUUCCCUUCAGCGAAUUUGUCCAAUCCUUUUUUAAAGCCAUCUAAGCGGGUGGCGCUGUGGGUUAAACCACAGAGCCUAGGACUUGCUGAUCAGAAGGUCGGCGGUUCGAAUCCCUGCGAUGGGGUGAGCUCCCGUUGCUCAGUCCCUGCUCCUGCCAACCUAGCAGUUCGAAAGCACGUCAAAGUGCAAGUAGAUAAAUAGGUACCGCUCCGGCGGGAAGGUAAACGGCGUUUCCUUGUCCCCCGAAAUGAGAGCUGAGUGAUGACACACAGGCGAUAAUUCCAUUUGCAAGAUAGCAAGAGAGGGCCAGCACCCACCCCCAAUCUGCACCAGGUGGCCUGCAGAGAACAGCAGUGCAGACACAGCAAGAGAGGCUGUGUGGAGCAAUGGGAAGAGUCUCUUGAUUCUGGCCAGGAUUCAGAUCUUCUGCUUAGCUGCUAAUGACAAUGGCUCACUGGUAGAGCAUUUGCUUUGCAUACAGAAGGUCCCAGGUUCAAUCCCCGACACUUUCAGGUAACCCUGGGAGAGAUCCCCUGUGCCAGACCCUGCAGAGCUACUGCCAGUCAGUGCAGUCACUACUGAGCUAGAAGGGCCAACAGUUUGACUUGAUAAAAGGUAGCUUCCUGUUAUUUUAGGGGGGAAACCAUAGCUCAGCAAUAUACCACUGCAGCUGCCAUUAUUAUUAUUAUUAUUAUUAUUAUUAUUACUACUACUACUACUCACCCCAUCAUCAGCAGAUACCAGGGCAGAUUACAAUUAAAAGUCAGGAUUAAAAAUAGUUAUAUUGCAUUUUAAGGAAGAGGAUGGGACCUAAAAACGCACAUCUCAGGUGUCAAAGGCCAGGGUAAAGAGCCAUGUCUUCAACAUUUGUCAGAAUCCAUAUAGUGAAGAAGCUGGGUAUGCGUCUGUGAGGAGAGAAUUCCAAAAUUCAAGGACUGCUACAAAAAAGGCCCUCUCCUGGGCUGCCACCAUGCAUUUCGGCACCUUUCCGUGCUCUGCUCUGGUUCGCCAGAAGCGGCUUAGUCAUGCUGGCCACAUGAUCCGGAAGCUGUACGCCGGCUCCCUCGGCCAAUAAAGCGAGAUGAGCGCUGCAACCCCAGAGUCGGUCAUGACUGGACCUAAUGGUCAGGGGUCCCUUUACCUUUACCUUUUUAAGUCUAUGGCCAUCACAAUCUCCUGUGGGAGAGAGUUCCAGAGUUUAACUCUGUGCUGCAUAGAGAUUGACUUUUUUUAAUCUGUCCCGAGUCUUCCAACAUUCACCUUCAUUGGAUGACCACGAAUUCUUGUAGUUGGAAAAACCUUUCUUAGUCUGCUUUCUCCAUGCCAUGCAUAAUUUCAUAAACUUGUCAUGUCGCCUCUCACUCGCUUUUUCUCUGAACUGAAAAGCCCCAAAUGCUGCAACCGUUCCUCACACCAUUCCCUUCGCUCCAUGCCCUUGAUCUUGCGUUGGGGCCUUGCUUGUGGGUGAGGUUGGUGAUCACAUCACCACAGCCCUCCUCCUCCUCCCCUCCUACUUGCCCACUGGCUGCUCCAAAAUACUUUGUACCCUCUUUGUCAGGCUGUUCUUGCUCCAGGAGAUAAGGGGGGAACGGAGCAAUGCAGGGAAUGUUGGCGCGUUCCCGGGGCAGCUGCUUCAGAACUUGCUGUACAGUUUGGGCUCCGAGAUAAACCGUGAAGAGGAACUGUGUUCCUUGCUGAUAAGGUUUUUCGGACACUGGCUCCUUUCCCACCCUGUUCUGCUUGGGGAAAGCCUGCAAGAAUCCUGGUCACAUCCUUCCACUUAAUUAAAGGGGAAUAACUGUACUGAGGGAUGGGUGCACCUGACUAGCCCACAGUGGGCCAGGAAUAGUCAACUUUCUCUCCUGAUCUUGGGACCAGACCAGACUUCCCAAACCCGAUGGCCUCCAGAUAUUUUGGACUACAACUCCCCAUCAAACCCAGCCAGUCAAUGGGAGCUCUAGUCUUAAACGUCUGGAGGACACCAGGCUAUGGAAAGCUGUUUCAGAUUGUUGUCAGCGGCUGGUGGUGUUUUUUUCUGCCUCAGGCAACCUUUGCCAACCUUAUGCCUGCCAGGUGUUUUGGACUACAACUCCCAUCAGCCCCAACAUUAUACUGUACUGGUUAGGACUGAUGGGAGUUCAAGGCACCAGUAGGCUGGGAAAGGCUGACCUACUGGGUGGCAUUUCUGUGUGGUCAUGAGAACAUAAGAUCACCAAAUCUUGCCAGAUCAUGGAUAUCAAAGCUGAAAUCCUUCCUGCUUACUUUACAAUUGAGUUUUUUACCAGGAGUAUGGUGUGAUGGGAGGAUAAAUUUAUCGUCACAGCCAAAGCAGCAGAGUGGCUGGAACCGUGGUUUUCUCUCUCUCCAGAUGGUACUGCUUUGUCCUUCAGUGAAACAGCAGCCUGUCUUUGCCCUGGCAUUCUUGUCAGCCGAAAGGGUGACGUUUUCUGCAAGGAUGUUGCGUUUGCUCUUUAUGGGCCUGAUUAGCUGCAGUUUGGCUAACCUGCUUCGGUCACCUUGAGUAUUGACCUCUCUGUGCAUAGGUGCCCUGCAGUAUACCUGUUCUUGACCUGCAGUGGUUAAUCUGGUGGAGGCAGUUUGGGUGGUCUUUCAGUGCCAGGAUUUCUGCCAACAGGUAGUCCUCAUCCCAAGGGCUGAGGAAGGUGGGGCACAGGUUCACCUUUUGCACCUGCACUGAUAUUUGACCAUGGGUGCUAACUACAGGAACAUUAUCUAUAGAUCAGCUAAGAAGCCUCUACAUGCAGGGUGGAGUCAGAUGCAUGUUUAGAAGGCAUGGGAUGUUGUGAAAGAAUAAGGCUGUUGUAUUCUGGUCUGAUGCCAGAACCUACAAGGAAAGCAGCAAGGCUGAAGGCUCCAAGAAAGCUCCAAGUGAGCAACUUGCUCUGUCAAAGGUUGGGAUCAGACUAAGGCUUUUAUACCUGCACAGGAGAGGAAGGUCAGAAGUGCACAGCAAAAAGUUCUGCACAGGAAGGUCAAAAGUACACAGGAAGGUCCAACGUUUAGCCUGAGAAAUAGAAAUUUAACCAGGUGUCUUCUCCCCCUCUGAUUGGCUGAGAGGUUGGGAUGAGGUGAAAAUAACGUGUAUAAAUCAAGGUGGAAAAUAAAGUAAUUGAAGAAUUAACAGUUGAAGAGUUCAAGAGCUUAAAUGGGCUGAAAUACUUUGAGCUGGAACAUUGGAAAUAGUAUAGUUGAGUACUGCAGCAGAAAAAAGCCCAAGGAAGACCUAAAAGGGACCUAAAAACUGGAUUGAGGGUUGCAGAUCAAUAAUAGGUUUAGCUGAAUGUGUUUAUUUUUUCCUGUGUUUCUUUUAUGUACUCUUACAGCUAACGCCUCAAACUAUAAAGCUUGUUUUCUUUUGGGGAAAAAUACUGCUAUCUAACUUGCUGCCUUACUAAAACUUUAAGUAAAGCAUAGUUUUGGAUAAUUGGGUUGAUGCCUCCCUUUUCACCCCAUGCCUAAGUGUCAUGCCAUUCUACCCAGUAUAGGGAGUUGGGCCAGUUAAAGUCCAAAAGUGGGAAAAACUAGUAGUGGUGGUGAUAGGGAGACGAUACCCAUGGGCGGAAGUGGUGAUGUUAACAAGACGUGGGGGACUGGUUUGCUUCCCUCUCAUGGUGCAGACCACAGCCUGUGCUGUCACAAAUGCACAUUUAUCCUCCUUGAAAAAUACCACAAAGAAAUCCUCCAAAUCAAGGGCAGAUGUGCAGAAAAUAAGACCCAAAAGGCGCUUGGUUAUUUUCCUCUUCCAAAUUUUCCUCUCCAAGCUGCUUUUCUCCUUGAGGGGAAAAUAGGGAGUCCAGGAGUGGGAAGGGACUGCUGUCUUCUUCUGGCAGAGAGAAGAGCAAUUUGGGGAGGGCAAUUCUGAGGGGAAAAGUGAGCCGAAGGGGACAGGGUUAAGGCGCCUUUCUCCUCACCCUCUUCUCAUUUCAUUCCCCCUUGUGCCCAUCCAAAAAUGGGUCAGAGCAUAAUUACACAUAUUUCACCACAUGUAGUUUGGGUGAAGGGCCUUGGCUCGGUGGUUAGAGCACCUGCUUUGGAUGUAGAAGGUCCCAGGUUCAAUCCCUGAUGCAUCCAGGUAGGGCUGGGAAAAGACUCUUGUCUGAAACCCUGGAGAGCUGCUGCCAGUCAGUGUAGACAGUACUGAGCUAGAUGGACCAAAGGUCUGACUGUAUAAAGCAGCAUCUUACAUUCCCAGUUUUGCCCUUAAUGAUGGGUUUUAAUUUUAUUUUAAGGUACCUCAUAUACAAAUGUGCAUACAAAUAAAGCUAUCGUGUAGCUUAUCCUUUGCAUGUAGCUAAUUACACAAACCAUUGCAACGAGCACAAAUAUAUAUACUUUGCACGCAGAUGGUGUAGCAAAGAUGACUGAAAACAUGAGCUGUGAGGCAGGAAAUCUCCAAUUCAGAUUUUAACUCUGAGCUGUUACCUCCUGGCAAGCUGCUCUUCUCUCAAGCUUGAGCCUUGUUUGCAAUUCGGGGGAUGAUAAAUACUGGUCUAAUUUAGAAGAUGAUAUAUCUGAAGCCCUUGAAACGGACUGGAUAAAUGCUCAGAACUGCUUUUACGACCUCAGUUUGCACACAUUAUUCUGAGCUCACAGCUGGAGUUGGAGUCCUACCAGGCUGCAUACCUUCAAAAUGGGUUUAAGAAAUCUGGAUGAUUUUGGAGUGCUGAUAGCAUUCCAAAAAUUUCAGGGCAAUGACCUUCUCUCAAGCCGCCCUUCUGCCUGGGGAAUCUCAAGAUUCCCCUGUCGGAUAGAGGGGUGUAUGUUGGGAAUUGCAGAGAUCAUGUCCAGGCUAGGGGGUUCUGUUUAGUGUCGGUUUACAGGCAAUUAGUAACACUUUAAAACCGGAGUAGAGGAAAGGGCUUCAUCACCUCCCAUGGAUUUGCCAAGAUACUCAUCUGUCUUUGGCUGGCCUGUGAGGAGGAAGAAGGUUGCCUCAUGAUUCCAGGUGGGUUUUUACAGUGUUUGCAGAUGAUUUCCCUUUAAAUUUAAGUUUGAAUUUAAAUUAAAAUAAAACCAGCAUCCAGCUGGUGUAUUUUAAUACAGAUUUACUUCUUUUUUUAAAAAAGAAAAGACACACAUAAUGGAACAGCUGUGCAAUUCCUCCUGUCGUAGGUGACCCAUCGCACAGCUGUUGGGGUAGGUUAUUUGGCUGGCUAUGGUCAGUACAGAUUGGUCUAGCUAUUUUCUUCUCUGUGAUUCUGCCUCUCUCCAGAAAUGAUUUCGACCCCUUCCAUUUAACAUUUCCCUUUUCAAAUAGCAUGGCCUUUAUAUCUGUUUCUUUUCUCCACCCCACCCAACUGCAGGAUGGGAUCAUGAUUGCAGUGAGGGGAGAGGGACAUUUAAACCUUUCAAUGCAUACAAUGGCCCAUUGACAAAAACACACACACACACCCGCUCAAAAAAAGAAAAAGAAAAUUAGGCUGGGGAAAGAGGAACUGCCACUUGGUUGAAGAGUAUUACUUGGAUUCUUGAAAUCCGGAAGUAGAGUUGGUAUUCCAAUUCCAGCUUAAAACAGAACAGCAUGGAUUGCAGGCUGCUUUAGCCAACCUGGUGCCUUCCAGUAAUAUGGAUGCGCUGGCUGGGGUCGACGGGAAUUAACAGAAUCACAGAAUCGUAGAGUUGGAAGGGACCCCCAGGGUUAUCUAGUCCAACCCCCUGCAAUGCAGUAAUCGUAGCAAUAAUAAUAAUAAUAAUAAUAAUAAUAAUAAUAAUAAUAGCAUUCCUGACCAAACAACCAUUCAUCUUCUGUUGAGAAACCCCUGAUGAAGGAUAGUCCACCAUCUUUCCAGGUAUUCCAAUCUAUUUGGAGGGCACCAGGUUGGCAAAGGCUUCCCUAGGGAGCUUUGUGGCGUCAUUCUUGGGUCUUGCACAUGUGCCCAAGGACAAACCCUGAACCAUUGUGUGGGGCCGCCUUUUAAGUUGGGGAAUCUCUGGGGCGGGAAGCCUUUGCAGGCUCCUUCCACUCAGGCCCGCCUCGUUGCGAAACCUUUCCCCUCGGAUCCCCCCGAUGACUCACUCUGGCACCGAGAGGGGAAGCUGGCUCCACUCUUAACAAACAUCAGAUCGCUGGCGUGCUGUAUGAAUGGAGACAAUUAUGCCCGCUCUGCUCGGUGGCAGGGACCCAACUUUGGCUUAGUGAGAGGAGCAGGGGCCGCAACAACAUUUUUUGUGACAAGCUGUUUGUGGGGGAGAGGAAAGGCUUGGCUCCCUUUGCCGCUGUUUUAAAGCCUCUAAAAAUAAGUGUUCUUAAUGUUAAAGUUCACAAGAGGGAGGUGCUUCUGGCAGGCACUUGAACCGUCUUUCAGCCCUACCCCAGCAGGAUUUUUAAAAAUUAUAUAUUAAAAUAUUUACUAUACUAGAAAUAUUAAAGGUAAAGGGACCCCUGACCGUUAGGUCCAGUUGCGGACGACUCUGGGGUUGCGGUGCUCAUCUCGCUUUAUUGGCCUAGGGAGCCGGUGUACAGCUUCUGGGUCAUGUGGCCAGCAUGACUAAGCCGCUUCUGGCGAACCAGAGCAGCGCACGGAAAUGCCGUUUACCUUCCUGCCGGAGUGGUACCUAUUUAUCUACUUGCACUUUGACACGCUUUCGAACUGCUAGGUGGGCAGGAGCAGGGACCGAGCAAUGGGAGCUCACCCUGUCGCGGGGAUUCAAACCGCUGACCUUCUGAUUGACAAGCCCUAGCCUCUGUGGUUUAACCCACAGCGCCACCCGCGUCCCGUACUAUAAAUAUUACUAUAUUACUAAAUAUGCUAUGAUAUUCUGCUUUUUAUACAUAAAACAAAUAGCUGUACAAAAAGCAAAUGUGGGAAUGAAGUGGUGUGGCAUAGUGUGUCAGAGUAGGAAUCUGGAGGCCAGGUUCUAGGACCAUUAUGAAGCUCUCUGGGUGACCUUAGACCAGUCGCUGCCUCUCAGCCUAACCUACCUCACAGGGUUGUUGUGAGGAUUAAAUGGAGGGGGGAAAGUGGGAUAUAGAUGUGAUAAAUAAAUGAAAUAAAUUCAGAAUAAAGCAGCCGGUGCCAGGUCAGUGGCAGGGAGUCUAGAGGCUCCCACUGGUGUUUGCAGCCUUUGGGAAUGAUGGAGCUUGUAGCCAGUUUCUCACAGCUUAGGAUCCUUCUUCUUGCUUCGUUUGGAGGUGUCCAUUCUGUGUGAGCGUUUAAAAUAUUACUUUGCUGCCGCUCCUCCCGUUACACUGAGGUCUUGGGUUACACGUAAUGUGAACCGCUUCCUCGUACAAAAAGUUAUUGUUCGUAUCUAAUUUCCACACACCGAAAGGCUCUGUAUAUUAAAAUGUCCAACUUAGAUGUCAGUUAGGAGCGGCCUUUUCUGCUCUUCAUAAUGUCAAUUGCUGUGUGGUGUGUCAUUGUCAUAAGGGACGUGGAUGGCAAGCCCUCCAUACCAUUGCCUCAAACUGUCUCCAGAUACCUUGAUACUGAAGCAUUGCAAGAAGUUCCCUGGACAUGGCCCCAGUCAGUAACCUGGAUGGCGGACCUCUGGAGGUCCCAUGCAAACUGCUCCAAGGCCACAUUCGCACCAUACAUUUAAUAUACUGUGAUGCUUCUUUGAACUGUCAUGGCUUCCACCCAAAGAUUCCUGAGAGCUGUACUCUGUGAAGGGUGCUGAACAGUAUUAGGAAGCCGCUAUUCCUCUCCCAGAGCUGCAGUUCCCAGAGUUCCUUAUGAAGAGAUACUGACUGCUGAACCACUCUGGGAAUUGUAGCUCCGCAACGGGAAUGCAGGACUCCUAAAAACCUUUAGCAUCCUUAACAAACUACAGUUCCCAGAAUUCACUGAGUGAAGAAGCUAUGGCAGUUUGAAGUGGUACCAUAGUGCUUUUAAUGUACAUUGUGAAGGUGGCCUCGCCAACUGGGCUGACUAGCAAGGGAGCUGAAGAUAUUUCAGAAGAGAUGGCAGGAAGGGAACAUGAGACAAGUCCUUGGCUGGAUCUGUGUGUAUGUGUGUGUUUUUUAGGGCUUCGCUGGAGCAUUUUAAAACAGUCUGCUCUGAAAUGCCAGCGUUCAGCAAAAGCUUUUUAGGACAGCCUCUCCCAGUCUGGUGCCUUGAAGAUGUUUUGGACUAUUAUUUCUUACAACAUUCCCAUCAGCCCCAUCCGUUUUAUCCACACAGCAACCCUGUGAGGUAGGUUAGGCUGAGAAGCUACCUCUUUGCAAGGAAUAAAAACACACGCUUGGUUCUCCUGAGACUAUCCUUAACUCAUCUCAGGAUAUCAUUAGGCACUUGUUGUUGACAUGCCUGUGCCAGGGUCCUUCCAGCUCUUAUUAAAUUAUUUACUCAUUUUCUCUUGCUGGGAAAUUUAAUUACCCCCCAAGCUUCUUCAAAGCAAGCAAGUCAACAUUACAUUUUAUUGAUGUGCCGGAUGCUUUUGUACUUGCAGACUUUGGAGUUUCUGAGGUAAAGUGUUUGGAUAUCUUUUUUUUUCUCCCUAAAGCACAGUGUUUCCUGUGCUCUUAUAAAUUGCAGACACCCCUUUGCUGCUUUGUAAUGCUCAUUCCCACCCCUGAGAGCUAGAAAACAAUAAUAAAUUGUAGGACUUUCCCCAUCUCCCCUUUAAAAUCUCUGUGGAUCUGUAUCUGGCGCUCCCGAGAAUGGAUUUUCCUUGCUCUAAAGGGCUGACACCUGACUAAUUAAUUGUCCAGACGUCGCCUCGUUAAUCAAGGCCAGUGCCAAUGUUUAUGGUGCUGAGUCUAGAGCAAAAUAUGCUGAGGAUGUUUUUCUUUUCCAUAAUGAGAAAUGAAAAGCAUUCUGCCACAAGAGUCCAAAUAACCACGAUGAACCUGUCGACAAGGCUAGAAAUUCAGGCACCAUUGCCACUACUCAGACGUAAUUUACACAUGAGCUUGGGUGGUAGCCCCGGAAACUGUUAAUUGAGGGCUUGUAGCCAACUAUGUUCUAUUCAAAGUUAGACCUAUUGAAAUUAAUGAAACGAUGAGUUUCAGUUUCAGUGGGUCUGCUCUGAGUAGGAUUAACCACUGGGCACAAACUGAGAUUUAUCUGCUGUGCCGUUGGAGGAGCAUGCCCUUACUUAUUGCAUUUCAGGGUCAGGUAACCUGCUUUAGCCAGAGGGCCACAUUCCCUUUUUGGGAAUUGUAUGGGGCCACAUGUGGGCGGUGGGCGGAGCCAGAGGCCAAAGUGGGUGGGGCAAAAAAAUUACCUGGUUACACUAGCCUAGUUUCUAUGCAUACUCUUAACAUCCCUCUCCAUCUGGAAAAUAAUAAUAAUAAUGAUAAUAAUAAUAAUAAUAAUAGUAAUAAUAUAUUAUUUAUACCCCGCCACUCUGGGCAGCUUCCACCAAAAUAUUAAAAUACAAUAGUCUGUCAAACAUUAAAAGCUUCAAAUAUUAAAAGCAAGAGGCAUUUCCCCCCCGAAAAAAGUAUAUGAAAAUGCAUAUCUUAAGGGAAGUGUGCAUAAAUUACAUAUAUUAGUGAAAACAACAUUUUAAAAAAUGCAUUGAGAAAUUACACUGCGCAUGAUUGGCAUGUUAAGGAGAAUGCACACUGAAAUUCUGCUGAAUUUCCAUUAGAACUUUUUUUCUGAUGUGGAAGUGUAGUGAGCCGAACUUAAGAUUUGUCCAACCCUACCCAUCUCUCUGGAUUUCUGAGGGGGCCUGGUUGUGUGUGCACUAACAAGAUGUUUUUUCAAAGUGUCUCCAAAAUCUGCAAAGGCUAACUAUGAACCGUGCGUUCCCAGGAACAGAUAUGAGAAAAUCCUUAUUUUCCCUGGAAGGUAAGGGGCCAAGGGAAUGUAGCCAAGAUUUGCUUUUGUUUUUUAAACGUCAGAAUACAGUUUGUAUUUUGAUAAACACAGAGAUGAUUGGGGGUGGUUGCCAAGGCCGGUAAUUCAAAGCUAACAAAAUUUCAUAUCAGCUCCAGUUAAAACUCUAAUAAAAUCCCAACAAGGCCCUUUCAGUAAUGGAUCUUUGAACCGUGUCAUUUCAGUUUUUCUAAAAUAAUAAUAAUAAUUCAAAUAGGAUUAUUCUCUCUCCCCUCCAGCCCAGGUUCAAAGCCCCCCCCCCCCCGUUCUUGUUAAAAUGUGUCCUUUGGGGUCGAGAAAGCUCAGAGUUCCAAUAUUAUUCAACCAGUUAAAUCAUUUCCUGUUUUCUGCAGUUUUUGAAGAAUUCUCUAAGGCAGGCUGGAAAUAUUUGCAGAUACUCACGAACUCGCUGGCUUGCAGGCCCUGGGAAAUAUCCUGAGUUUGUUACAUUGGUCAGGAAAGAUGAGACAGCUGUGUGUGUGUUGCACAGGAUGAUAUGAACCGUUAAAGACAAACUCAAUCGGACCAGAUAAUAUCCGCUGACCUAGUAAUGUGGUUGCUAUGGAGGGACAGAGAAUUGUACAUGUUACAUUGGCCUGACUUUGUGCUACAAUCCUGUGCUCCUUUAUCCAAAACAUUGUGUUUCCUAGAGAGAGAAAGAGAUUGAUGGUGGUAGUGGUAAUUGACAGUUUGUGGUUUGAUUGAUUGAUUGAUUGAUUGAUUGUAUUUAUCCAAGGAGUUCAAGGUGGUACAGUCGUACCUUGGAUCCUGAACGCCCUGGAAGUUGGACAUUUCGGCUCCCGAACACCGCAAACUCGGAAGUGAUUGUUCCGGUUUGCGAAUGUUCUUUUGGAACGUUUGGGGUUUCUGGGGCUUCUGAUUGGCUGAAGGAGCUUCCUGCAGCCAAUCAGAAGCCACAAUUUGGUUUUUGAACGUUUUGGAAGUCGAAUGGACUUCCAGAAUGGAGUCCAUUUGACUUCCAAGGUACGACUGUAUACAUAGUUUUCCUCCUUCCCAUGUUAGCCUUGUAACAACCGUAUGAAGUAGGUUUUGCUGAGAAGCAGUGACAGGCUCAAGGUUGCUCAGUGAGCUUCAUGGCUGAGGGGGGAAUUUGAACCCUGGUCUUCCAUGUCCAAUCUUAACACCACAAGUUCUGCUAACUGGGCUUGCCACCAUUUUGACUAGUGACCUGGGUCUUAAACAUGUUUCCAUAACAGUAAGUUGAUGGCCUUUGAUUUUAAUUUUUUUACAUGUUUUUUAAUUGCAUAUGGAUAGUGUUGUAAACCUUUUUUUUUUGUUCUUUUUAAAUUAUAAGGCAGUAUAUAAAUAUAUUUUAUAAAUAAAUAAAUGAAAUGAUCACCAUUGGAUCACCUAGUUCAGUAUUGUCUAAACUGACUGGCAGCAAUGGUUCUCCAGGGUUCCAGGAAGGGAUCUUUUCUAGCCCUACCUGGAAAUGGCAUCGAGGAUUCAACCUGGGACCUUCUGCAUGCAAUGGCAUAUAUAUAUAUUCCUUCUGUAAUCUGAAGUUUCCAUAUUCAGUGUCUGGAAUCUCCAGCUAAAAGGAGCAGGGUGCCAGUUCUUUGCCUGAGAGCCACUGCCAAUCAGAGUAGGGCUUUGCAGGCUAGAUGGACCAGUGAUUUGAUAAGGCAACUAUUGUAGGAAAGACCGUGCAAGAACUUUGUGUGUGAAAGGUCUUUGAUUUGAUCACUGGCACUUCCAGGGAGGGCUGAGAGAAGGCUCCAUAUUUGUAAUUCUGGGGAGCAGCUGCCGGUCAGUGCAGGCGACCCUGAACAAGAUGGGCUAAUGGUCUGACUCAGUAUGAGGCAGCUCCUUAUGUUCAUGCUGUGUACAUUUUCCAAAUGUUUCAGCUAUCCCUGCAUUUGUUCUGCCUCUUGGGAAAAAAUAAGAAUAAGUUAUUUUAAAAAGGCCCUUCACUUGGGCUCAUCUGACUUCAUACCUAGCAUAUUUCUCACUAAUGGUGAGUAUUUACGUGAGAAAUCACAUGAUGGAGCGCAGAGCAAAUAAAGGGGGAGGGGGAGGAGGAAUUGAACGCAAUCCAGCAUUAAUCUGUCUUGCUAGAAAUAAAUAACAUGACAUCCUGCUUUACUGUGGAAGACAAACAGCCAAACUGUGGAAUACAAUGCUGGAAUCUGCUUUAGAUUAGAUUACAUUGGGUUUAUUUAUUGUUACCCUGCCACCCCAGCAAAAUAACGUUCAAGGCAAUUUAACUGUUGAUUAAGAGGAUACACAAACAUUUACCCGGAAUAUCUGUGUGGUAAACCCUGAUUUGCCUCUCCCCUGAUAAGAGGCUAUCUGUUGUUGAUUUCCAAAGAAAAGACAAGUAUCCAUGGUCCCAGAUUCCCAGCCACCUCUGCCCACAAAUUUUUGCUUUCUCUCUAACAUGGAUAUGGGGAGGCUGUGGCCCUCCAGAGGUUGUUGGACUGCAGCCCCCUGCAAUGCAAGAAUCACAACUAAAGAAUCCCCAACAGAUGGUCAUCCAAUGUUAUGGGAUGGCACCUGAAACUAGACAAAGAAGGUUCCAGGCAAGCCUUCCUGGGGAGAGUAUUCCAUGAACAGGGAGCCACCACUGAAAAGGACUUAUUCCAGGCUUCCUCAACCUCAGCCCUCCAGAUGUUUUUGGCCUACAACUCCCAUGAUCCCUAGCUAGCAGGACCAGUGGUCAGGGAUGAUGGGAAUUGUAGUCUCAAAACAUCUGGAGGGCCAAGGUUGAGGAAGCCCGACUUAUUCUGUUGCUACCCUCUGGGCCUCUUGUGGAGGGAGCAUAGGAGGAAGGGCCUCAGAUGAUGAUCACAGGGUGUGGGUCGGUUCAUAAUGGGAGAAGUGUUCCUGGAAAUAUCAGCAAGGAGAGGGGUGAUGAAGAAAUUGGAGAGGAAGGCAAGAAUGUGGAGACUUUCCUCCAAGGGAUAGAAACAAUAAAGUCUUACUUUAAUGAUCAGAUUCAGAUACAUUUAAAAACAAAUCAAAAUAAUAAUAGGGCUUUUUUUUCAGCCGGAACUCAGUUCCGGCACCUCUCAUGUGGGCGUCAUUGCUUUUAUAAGAGAAUAAGGGAAGUAUAAUAAUAAUAAUAAUAAUAAUAAUAAUAAUAAUAAUAAUAAUUUAUUAUUUGUACCCAGCCCAUCUGGCUGGGUUUCCCCAGCCACUCUGGGCGGCUUCCAACAAAGAUGAAAAAUACACUAAAAUGUCACAUAUUAAAAACUUCCCUGAACAGGGCUGCCUUCAGAUGUCUUCUGAAUGUCAGGUAGUUGUUUAUCGCGGGCGCCACUACCGAGAAGGCCCUUUGCCUGGUUCCCUGUAACUCGGCCUCUCGCAGUGAGGGAACCGCCAGAAGGCCCUCGGAGCUGGACCUCAGUGUCCGGGCAGAACGAUGGGGGUGGAGACGCUCCUUCAGAUAUACUGGACCGAGGCCGUUUAGGGCUUUAAAGGUCAGCACCAACAUUUUGAAUUGUGCUCGGAAACGUACUGGGAGCCAAUGUAGGUCUUUCAAGACCGGUGUUAUAUGGUCUCGGCGGCCGCUCCCAGUCACCAGUCUAGCUGCCACAUUCUGGAUUAGUUGUAGUUUCCGGGUCACCUUCAAAGGUAGCCCCACGUAGAGCGCAUUGCAGUAGUCCAAGCGGGAGAUAACCAGAGCAUGCACCACUCUGGUGAGACAGUCUGCAGGCAGAUAGGGUCUCAGCCUACGUACCAGAUGGAGCUGGUAAACAGCUGCCCUGGAUACAGAUUUGACCUGUGCCUCCAUGGACAGCUGUGAGUCCAAAAUGACUCCCAGGCUGCGCACCUGGUCCUUCAGGGGCACAGUUACCCCAUUCAGGACCAGGGAAUCCUCCACACCUGCCCGCCUCCUGUCCCCCAAAAACAGUACUUCUGUCUUGUCAGGAUUCAACCUCGAUCUGUUAGCCGCCAUCCAUCCUCCAACCGCCUCCAGACACUCACACAGGACCUUCACCGCCUUCACUGGUUCUGAUUUAAAAUAGAGGUAGAGCUGGGUAUCAUCCGCAUACUGAUGAACACCCAGCCCAAACCUCCUGAUGAUCUCUCCCAGUGGCUGCAUGUAAAUGUUGAAAAGCAUGGGGGAGAGGACAGAACCCUGAGGCACCCCACAAGUGAGAGCCCAGGGGUCUGAACACUCAUCCCCCACCACUUUCUGAACACGGCCCAGGAGGAAGGAGCGGAACCACUGUAUGACAGUGCCCCCAGCUCCCAGCCCCUCAAGACGGUCCAGGAUGUUAUGGUCGAUGGUAUCAAACGCCGCUGAGAGAUCCAGCAGAACUAGGAAACUCUAUUUUUCUAUUUUUCUUGAAAAAUAGCACUGAUAAAUAAUAACAAUAAAUAAUACAGACUGCUUUUGUAACUUAUAGUAAAAGCUUCCUUGUGGGCUUCCACUUAGUAGGGGAAAAAACAUUAAAUUGCCUCUUGAAUUCCUGCAGGUUAGUUCCAAGGCAAAACCCAAUGCCCUUUUGAAUUGAAACCACCUAUUUCUUUGUUGAGCUGGUUGGAUGUUUGGUAUCUUUAUUGUAGUUUUUACACAUCUGACACCAUUUUCAGGGCUCAUUUCUCUCUCUCCUUUUGCUAGCUGGGUCCAAGGCAGGGAGCCCCAUAGAAGGAAGUUCCCAUAACUGAACAACUCUCACUUCUAGCUUGUGGCAGGAAAGAAUUCUGAGCAGGGCCUCUCCUGCUGCUCUUAAUAGCUGGACAGCUUUUCUCCUCAUUGUAGCACCAUAGAGGGAGAAGCUUCAUGGGCAAAAAUUCACCCUUCUACUCAUCUGUCUUAAUAAAGGAUGGGAGCCAUUUAAGGAACCUGGGAGCCCUAAAUCGGUUGGGGGCGCUAACCCCUGGACCCUCUGAUGUUGCUGAUGUACAGUUCCCAUCAUCCUUGACCACUGGCCAUGCUGGCUGAUGGGGGCUGUAGCCCAUUAGUAACCUCAAGUUACCACCCCAUCUCUACAACAUCCAAGCCUCCGAGGAGUAUUUUGAAAAAUGUUAUUUGCAUUAGCAUCUAUCGAGGGACCCUUCUUUGUAAAGAAAAAGGCAGGUAAAUAGAAAAUCUGCUCCUUUCUCCUCCUGUACAGACAGUCAUUUGGAAACUAUUCUUUGUAAUUGGAUUGUUUACACACCAUUUUUUUCUUCAGAGAUAAUUUGCAGCCAAACCUUGGGGAGUUGUCAUCAGGUGGUAACUCUUUUCUCUGGCAAAUGUGCUGGAGAGGAGGAGGGAAAAGAGAGAACACUUUAUUUAUCGCUAGCAGCCUCGUACCUGGUGUUGCUCAGGAAUUCUAAGAAACAAAAUCAGUUUUGAAAAGUACAGUCCGCAAUCUUACUUCGAAUGGCAUCUAGUUGUAUGCAAAGAUAGACAGGAAACAUUCAUCUCAGGAACCAUCAUGCAAAAUUUGGUUAUGGUAUCUUAAAGCUAAAGUUACCCCUGACCGUUAGUUCCAGUCAUGGAUGAUUUUGGGGUUGCGGCGCUCAUCUCGCUCUAUAUAGGCUGAGGGAGCCCGGCGUUUGUCCGCAGACAGCUUCUGGGUCAUGUGGCCAGCAUGACUAAGCCGCUUCUGGCAAACCAGAGCAGUUCAUGGAAAGGUGCCCAAGUGCAUGGUGGCAGCCCAGGAGGCGGCCUUUUUUAUAGCACUCCCUGAAUUUUGGAAUUGUCUCCCCACAGACGCAUACCCAGCUUCUUCACUAUAUGGAUUUUGACAAAUGUUGAAGACAUGCCUCUUUACCCUGGCCUUUGACACCUGAGAUGUGCGUUUUUAGGUCCCAUCCUAUUCCUCAAAAUGCAAUAUAACUAUUUUUAAUCCUGAAUUUUAAUUGUUGUAAUCUGCCCUGGUAUCUACUGGUGAUGGGUGAGUAAUAAUAAUAAUAUCAGUUGCAGUGGUAUAUUGCUGAGCUACAGUUUCCCCCCUAAAAUAACAGGAAGCUGUCUUUUAUCAAGUCAAACUGCUGGCCAUUCUAGCUCAGUAGUGACUGCACUGACUGGCAGCAGCUCUGCAGGGUCUGGCACAGGGGAUCUCUCCCAGGGUCACCUGAAAGUGUCAGGGACUGAACCUGGGACCUUCUGUGUGCAAAGCAAAUGCUCUACCAGUGAGCCAUUGUCAUUAGCAGCUAAGCAGAAGAUCUGAAUCCUGGCCAGAAUCAAGAGACUCUUCCCAUUGCUCCACACAGCCUCUCUUGCUGUGUAUGCGCUGCUGUUCUCUGCAGGCCACCUGGUGCAGAUUGGGGGCGGGUGCAGGCCCUCUCUUGCUAUCUCACAAAUGGAAUUAUCGCCUGUGUGUCAUCACUCAGCUCUCAUUUCGGGGGACAAGAGCGUCUGUGCCAAGAAACUUGGCAGGCUUUCAUUUUCAGGCGUUUUGUCUUUGUAAAUCUGGAGAGGCAUCUCAAAUGUGAUUAAAGUACCAAAGAGAACAUAAUUUGCAGAAGGUCAUCAGCCUGCUAAUUUGCUGGCAUGCCUGGCAGGGCAAAAGGAGGAGGAAAGGGGAUCCCAGCAUUUGAUCUGCCCUCAUCUUAGGACAUGUUACUCACACAAGCGAUGGGCAAAUCUUUCAGUUUCGGUUUUUCUCCCCCCCUCCCCCCAAUCUUCAGUUCUCCACGUUUACACAUCAGGUUGCAAAUUAUUAUUUUUUAAGUGGGUGUGAAAAUUCACCAGUGGUUUAGUUAGAAUUUUUCCUAGAAUACACAUGUUUGUGAAAACCAUGAUUUAGUUUUAGGUGCAAACCCUUCCCAGUGGUGCAGCAAUGGUUUGUUUUCUAACAACAAACCAUGGUUUGUAAGUCAUUGGCUUACAGACCAAAAUUCUGAAGGUAAGAGGUUGGGGAAAGAUAGCCUGUGCUGACAACAUUAAAGCCUCUGCUCUGGUGACUCUGCUGGGUGCCUUGUUUGGGUCCCAGAUAACCCGCUUGAGCUUCCACUGUCUGCCGCUGGCCUUGUGCUUAUUCCACCUUGUGGCACUAUUUCCUGUAAAAGAAAGGAAAAAAAUAGCUGAUAUAACCUUGCACCUUUUUAAAAGGGUGAAAUGCUAAGGCAGGGGUCCCCAAGAUGCAAUUGCCCCAGUGCUGAACUCAGCCCAACACUGCUCAAAUAGUAAAGACUUUGUGUUGACAUGGGAACGGUCCCCCCCAGCCACAACUGCCUCUCCCCAGAUAUGUCACCUCACUUGUUUGUGGCCCUGUGGUGCUCUUGUGGUACCUGUGGUUCGCUCACAGGAAACCCACAACCUUUUGGAAGAGAAAAAACACUGAUGUGUGAAAAGCCACAGAUUUCUAGGACUCACCAAGCACUUGAACUUCUUUGCAUAGGGGUUGUCUCCAGCUAAGUUCUUCUUAGACUCACUGAAAAUAAUGAACUUACCGGUAAGUUAAUCAUGCUUCCCAAGUUAACAAUGGGUUUGCUCGGAGUAAAGUUAUCAUUGGAUCAAGGAGAUGGAGUGACUGCCCUUUGAGGAAAGCUUGCAGUGUUUGGGAUAUCUUAGUUUACAGAAAAGGCAAGAAAGAGAUGACAUGAUAAAAGUCUCUCAUGGCACCAGAACUUGUGGACAUCUAAUGAAGCUGAAUGUUGGAAAGUACUUCUUCAUGCAGUGCAUAGUUAAACUGUGGAACUCACUCUCACAGGGGGCAAUGAUGGCCACCAACAUGAAAGGCUUUAGAAGAGGACUAGACUAGAGGAAAAGGCUAUCAGUAGCUAUUGCCCAUGAUGGCAAACCGGUUAUUGGAAACCACAGGAAGGGAGAGUGUUCUUGUGCUCAGGUGCUUCUUGCAAGUUUCCCACAGGCAACUAGUUGGCCAGGAUGCUGGGCUAGAUGGCCCAUAGCCCUGAUCCAGCAGGUUCUUCUUAUGUUCUGAGGGACAUUGUGUUAAUGUUUUGAUUUUGAAAAUCAAGUGUGUCUGAUCCAUUCAAAUAUACUAAUGUGAAAAAUGCUACAUCUAAAUUGUGCCUUGCUAGUGUGUUGUAAGGGUUUUUUUUUCCAAACUGUGCUCUGAGGAUCACCAGUGGUCCAUGAGCUUAAUUCAGGUGGUCCACAGCAUGCCUGUGAAGAUCAGGACCCACAGCUGUGAUGGACUGUGGCAGCAGAUGCUCCGGAACAGACUAGAAGUGGCAGGUGGGAGGAAGUGACUUGAAAGCAAUCAGAAAUGGAUUGCAAUGCAGUUUGAACUGUGGGAAUUAAAAUUGUGAUGCCAAAACCAUGCAGCAUCUAGAAUAGUGCAUUGCAAUUGCGACAACAGGCAAUUAAAUGACAUUAAGCGGUCUGCCUAUUGACCUGUAGCAAUUUUCAAGAGCUCCUUGGGAGCUGCUGCUGUAAACCAGAGACUGUUUUGCAGGAAAAGAAGUUCGCUUCUGCAAUUGGAGUAGGUUAUGUGAAUUGCAUGUAUUUGCACGAUGGCAUCUUAGUUUUGCAUCAUUUGUUCUGCUUCCAACUUUCAGGUUCAAGUAAUUUGAAAAAUUUUCAGCAAGGAAAAGUGUUGAUGAAGGAAUGCUACUUGCUGGAGACCACCGUUGGACAGAGUGCUUUUGUGCUCAAAUCCUGUGUGUGGGUUUCCCACUGGGGCGUCUUGUUGGUUCUCCUGUUGGAGAACAGGAUGCUGGACUGGACAGGCCAUUGGCUUGAUCCAGCAGGGCUCUACUUCUGUUCUUAAUUGAAGGCAGAAGGACGGAAAGUCUGCAUAGUCAUAAGGGAUAGGAACACAUGUUGUUUUUUCAAUGUCCACACAUUUAGCUAAUGAUAGGCAGCUCACCCCAUUUUUUGGCAGCAUUUACCCUCUCAGAUAAUCCUAUGUAGGGUGUUUCAUUUAAGAUCUGGUUGGUCAGGCGUGCUUUGAAAUGGGAGAGGGCCCUGAACGGGUGGGUCUAAUUUUAUCCUUUUGUCACUUAGCAAGCGUAUUAAAUUUAUUCUGUCAGGAGGGAUUGGACAAUUGGUUUUUAACAAAUGCACUUCCUCUAAUUGAGUCUAUUUUUAAUCUGCCCCUGUUUGGCCUUGUGGAGAUGGGUGGGUGUCUCCUGUUCAGGGCUGUUUCCUUAGUGCAUUUUUUCUUAUUGGGUGACACUUUUUAUUUCUAUAAAGAAAGAAACAAUCCCACACAACAAUGGCCUCUUUUCCUUCCCAAAUCCAGGAUCUGAACGGGCAACCCAAGGACCUCUGCCCGCGACUUUGCCAUCUCAAGAAAGGCCCCACUGGCUACGGGUUCAACCUCCACAGUGAGAAAGCCAGGCCCGGGCAGUUCAUUCGGUCAGUAGACCCGGAUUCACCAGCAUCCAAGGCAGGACUCCGACCGCAGGACAAACUCGUUGAGGUAACGGAUGACAGCUUGAAGGGAGGAGGACCUAGGAGCAGAAGCUCUUCUGCUCAGUCAGGCUCCAUCUGAACACUUCCACAGUAGCCCAUUGCCCUGGAAUUGUUCAUUCCCCUUUUUAUGCAGAGCCCACACUAUGACACUGUCAAAGACCUGCAUGUUGGUGUUUGAAUGCUGUCUGCAGUCAGUUUGUUGCAAGGUGCCUUCCUGCAGUGUGUCUCCAUGAAAGAAAACGUGCUUUUGAGCAUGUGCAGAGUAGCAUUCUCUCGUCACUGAGCAGCUGCUUCCAACAUCUGAGAUGCUCAGGCAGGGUUAAAUUCCAGGAAAAAAAUAGUUUAGAAACCCUGAACCCCCAUGUUUCAGAGAGAGAGAGAGAGAACAAUUGCUCCUCUCUGCAGUUGCCUCUGCUUGCCCUCUCUGCAGGAACACACCUGUUCUGCAGCGACAGAACUCUCUCGCUUUCUCUCCCCUGAAUCUUUAAUGCCUGCAGUGCAACAGUACAUGUGUGUGCGUGUGCACAUGAGAGGGAGGGGUACGUGAGAGGGAGGUAGGAGAGGCCACCUAGGAGGCAGGUGUGUUCAUGAAGACAGAUUUUGCUUCCAGCACUCAAUAUGUCACCGAUAGGUGGCUGAUUAUUAAUUUAGCACUCCCCUGGCACGUUUCCUGAAGUGCACAAAGAGGGGAGGAGGUGAACCUGCGGAAUUUGGAAACCCGAUCUAGGGCGGGCGCCCAGCUCUUAGGGGCUCCCAUAAAUGUUUGAUGCUCAGCAGCUCCUCUGUUUGGGCUGCGGUGCCUGCUCUUGUGAGGUGUGGGGAGGAACUGUUCAGCCUCUGCUUCACGUUUUUCUUGCCUCGUCUUCUUUCUCUUUGCACCUGUCUCCAGCUUUGAAGCAACUGCCAGGGCCCUGCCUGCAAGGGUGCAGGCUGCAGGUGGCAACAACAAGUGUUCAGAUGGAGACAGUGUCCCAGCCAGAAGCCCUUGGGAGGCUUUGAAGAGCUCUCCUUGGCUUCUGGCUCCCCUCCAGCUUCACCUUCCUGAAGCCAUUUGGGUGGUUGCUAGGAAAUGGAGGCCCUCAGAAGAGCCGAGGGUUUUGUAUUCCCGCACCAGAGUGCUGUCUGCUUCGCUGGGGGACUCGAAGCUUAUUUUUUUACGUACUUAAAGGUAAAGGUACCCCUGCCCGUACGGGCCAGUCAUGUCCGACUCUAGGGUUGUGCGCCCAUCUCGCUUAAGAGGCCGGGGGCCAGCGCUGUCCAGAGACACUUCCGGGUCACGCGGCUAGCGUGACGAAGCUGCUCUGGCAAGCCUGCACCAGCGCAGCACACGGAAACGCCGUUUACCUUCCCGCUAUAAAGCGGUACCUAUUUAUCUACUUGCACUUAGGGGUGCUUUCGAACUGCUAGGUGGGCAGGAGCUGGGACCGAACGACGGGAGCUCACCCCGCCGCGGGGAUUCGAACCGCCGACCAUGUGAUCGGCAAGUCCUAGGCACUGAGGUUUUACCCACAGUGCCACCCGCGUCCUAUUACGUACUUACUUACUACAUUUAAAUGUAAAUGUAUUUACGUACUUACUUACUACAUUUAAAUUUUGCCUUUUCUUCUGAGGAGCUGAAGGUGGUUUACAUGGUGCUUCCCUCGCCUCACUCCAUUUUAUCCUCACAACAACCUUGUGAGGUAAGCUAGGCUGACAGACAGUGACUGGCCACAGGUCAUAUGCUGUGAGUUUAGCAACUGUGGUCCAGGGUAUCUUCAGGCUUGCCUGAUUCCUUAGAUCCUUGCCCAAUCACUGAGAUCUUUCAGGGAGUCUCUGUUGGUGGUCACCCAUAGCUCAGGUGCAUCAGAAGCAUUCAGUGUAGUGGGACCAAGCCUGUGGAACUCCCUCCCACCUGAGGUUAGACAGGCCCCGUCCUUGCUGAACUUCAGGUGCAUGACAAAAACUGGCUUGUUCCAGCAGAUAUUUUAAAAUAGCGGUUGGUUUUAUGAUUAACUUUUAAUUGUUUUAUUCUCUGUAUGGUUUAUUUUUAUGGACUGCACCCACACCCCGAAAUGCUGGUGAUGGAGCAGUAGAGAAAUUACUUUAAAAACCCAAGCAACAACUUAACCACAGCUUUGGUUUGAUAGGUGAACUCAGCACCUUUGCGGGGCUAAGAGCAGCCAGGUCAGGGGUAUUUGGGGGGAAGUGUAAUCCAGAUGGGGAGCAUAUUCUGGAGCAGCCUCACCACUGCUUUUGGUCCAGGAUAAGUACUUAGCUAAGCACAUCACUACCUUGCCCAUGUAACUAGUUUGCUGACAUUUCCCCUCCAAAUCCCCAAAAUAAUAAUAAAAAGAAAACAGGCAAAGCAGAAAGCAGCAACACACCACAUGAUGAACUGAUUAAUUGCCUUCCAUUGUCAGGUGAUAAUUGGCGCCCGGGCAUGAACAAAAUGAUCCCCUUUGCUCCAUUAUCCUAGGCUAGCAACAAAAGGGCAGUGAUUGUUUGUCAAAGCCGUGAGAGCCACUGUGUGCAGUGAAUUUCCCCUUUGUCCUGGUUUAAAAUAGCAGAUCAUAGCAGAACCAUUCCCCUCUGGCUGCUGUUGGUUCCUUUGUUCUAAAAGGGACAAAACCUUUUAGCUCUUUAUAUCUAUGUAUUGGAGGGGGAGCAGUUUGUUACAAAAUCAAAUGCUAGAUUAAAACAAAAGAAGAGGCCGGCUGGAUCAGGCCAAGGGAGGUGCCAUCCAGUCCAGCAUCCUGCUCUCACAGGGGCCAACCAGAUACCCCAAAGAUCUCCAAUCUGUCUCCCAAGGCAGCCCCAUGUGAAAUGCAUUGUGGGAAUCCAUCCAUUCAUUCUCUCUCCCUACCUCUCUGGUUUUCUCUCCCUCAGGUCAACGGGAUCAACGUCGAGGGCCUGAAGCAUUCCGAGGUAGUGUCACAUAUCAAGUCCAAGGAGCAUGAAGCCACACUGCUAGUUGUGGACCCCGAAACAGACGAGUAUUUCAAGAAACUGGGCAUCACCCCUACAGAGGAGCACAUCGGAGGUAAAGCAUUUAUCCUAGAACCAGCUUUAGCAGAGGGGGCAGGGAUUGUGCAAGGGAGAUAGAUGUCCCUGUAUAGGCCCCAUCUGCACUAUAUGUUUAAAGCACAAUAAUACUACUUUAAACAGCCACAGCUCCCCCCCCCCCGGGAACUGUAGUUUGUUAUGGAUGCUGAAAUUUGUUAGGAGACCUCUGCUCUCCCAGAGCUAGCAUUGCCAGAGAACCUAACCAAUAAAAAAUACAGCAAAGGGAAUGAAAACAAAUGACACUUUUUCAGUAGAGUAAAAGGUAAAGGGACCCCUGACCAUUAGGUCCAGUAGUGGCCGACUCUGGGGUUGCGGCGCUCAUCUCGCUUUAUUGGCUGAGGGAGCCGGCGUACAGCUUCCGGGUCAUGUGGCCAGCAGGACUAAGCCGCUUCUGGCGAACCAGAGCAGCACACGGAUAACGCCAUUGAUGGUGACCUUCACUGACUUGGAGCGGUACUUAUUUUAUCGUACUUGCACUUUGACGUGCUUUCGAACUGCUAGGAUUGAACAGGAUCUAGUGGACUGAGCUAACAGGCAGCUCACUCCCGUCCGGACUGUGGAUUCGAGAGCCGCUGACCUUCUGGUCGGCAAGUCCUAGGCUCUGUGGUUUAGCCCACAGUGCCACCCACGUCCCUUCAGUAGAGUAGUACCCCUUUAUUAUGUACCCAGUAGCAGGGGAAAAGCUGACACCCACCACACAUUAUAUAAUUUUUUUGGCUCAUAUGAUUUUGUACUGUAACCAAUCUCACCACACGUCUGGAAGUAUAAUGCGGUGAGAUACAAAACAAUCUGUAGUUUCCAGAAUUCUUCCGGGGAAGCCAUGACUGUGUAAAGUGGCAGGUUAACUGCUUUAAAUGUAUAGUGCGGAUGUGGGAUACAUAGGUUCUCUUCUCCGCCACAAUUUCAUCUUCACAACAACCCUGCAAGGAAUGACUGGCCCAAGCUCUCCCAGUGAGCAAGAUGGCCAAGUGGGGAUUUAAACCUGCAGUCUCCCCCUAGCUUGAUGCUCCACAGCAAUUGUGAUGGCUGAGCCUGGUGGGAGUUGUAGUCUGAAACAUCUGGAAGGCACCCAGUUUGGAAAGCCUGCUCUUUAGUUAGUGUCAAAGCAUGUUCCUUGUCUGCAGUACCCGUUAACAACGAAACAUCUUGGAAUCAUCUUUCUCUGCUUGAAGUUUCUGCAGUCACUCUGAACAUUCCUCCAAUCUUGCCAAGGAAGAGAGUUGCUCUGGGCAUGUGCAGAGUUUCCCCCUUCACCACAGAAACUGCAACCAGGUUCCAUGCACUGGGGAUGAAGGGGAGAAGAGCUCUGCCAGGUUUCAGCUCCAGACACUUUCACAAACGAAGCACCAGCCACUGGCCUGGAUCCAAGUGGAGAGCAACAUUUUGCAAAACAGCCGUUUUUUAAAAAAACAACCUAGCAGUGGAUACCCCCCUCUACUGGCCUUGCAGUUUUUGAGUUUUGUAAGCUGUUGCUUAGCCAGAGUUGUCGAGGGGAGAGACCACUGGGUUCCACUAAGCAUCCAUAUCCCUGCUCUCCUUGCAACCCCCAAUCCUCCUUCCUUGGCUGGGUUGAAUGGAGAGCUGUGUGUGUUUUUAACACAGCUGUUUCUUAUCUAACUAAGCUGAGUUCUGCCUCCAGUGCUGGAUUGUCUUUUCCUGGCCUUCAGUGGAGAGAGGAAUCCAAAAGAACGACUUGGAACAAUUCAGAACUGGAGGGGGGCGGGCAGUGGAUGUAGAGAAAUGGUGUCAGAUGCUGAGAGCAGGAGCAAAAUAAGAGAUAGGGUCAGGGAGAAACUCUUUUUCUUUCUUGGCAUGGUGGAUAAUAAAGCCCCUGUUCUCCUCUUGAGGAGAUGCAGCUAGCAUGGUCACCCAGUCCCAGAAAGUAUGAAGGGUUUUGGGUUGUCUCUUGGAGUGCUGAGGCCUGUUUUCAAGCGAUAGCUGAGGAGGAGGAGGAGGAGGGCCAGACCAGCUGCUGCUGAGUUACAGGCAAAGGAGAGAAAGAGGGGGAAGUCUUGCAGGCGUGACGAGGCCUUUAGAGCCCACAUCCACAGGAUAUCAGUAGGGAUGCUUCUGUUUAUGCAAUCGUUGCUGCAUGUUGACUGUUACAGAUGGUCUGGUUCCUCCGUUUGCUCCUGAUGUUGUGGAAUAACUUUAUGGACUAAAUCUGGGACAGGAAGAGCCCACACAGCAUGUAGAGUGUUGGACCACAGUGGGACCUGGGUUCGGAUUCCUACUCAUCGUCAGAGCUUGUGUGGUGACUUUGGUCCUAAUUUACCCAAGAGCAUAAAAGCAGCCUUGCUGAAUCUGGCCAGUGGCCAACUUAGUCCAGCAUCCUAUUCUCAAACAGGGCCUGCAUGCAGUAUUUAUCUAUAUUUCUCUCUCUCUCUAUAUAUAUAUACAUAUAGAGAGAUACAUAUCUCCUAACAUUCAAAGUGGUUUACAAGGGAGACAAAACAAUAUUAUCAAUGAGAAUAUUAACAACAAUAAUUUAAGACUUUCAAAAAUUUAAAAUAACAAUACACUAUAUGGGUAGGCUUGUCUAAACAAAAAUGUUUUUAGUGGGCACUGAAAAGAGUACAGUGAAGGUGCCUGCCUGAUAUCAAUAAGCAGGGAGUUACAAAGUGUAGAAGCUGCCGCACUAAAAGGUUUCUUCCAGAUGUUGAAUGGGUAUUAUGCAGCACCUGUAAAAGUGCCAGUUCCAAAGAUCUGACCUGAUAAAAUAACAUUUAUGCCUGAAGAUAUUCCUGAAAUAUAUCUGAAAGAAUACCUGAUAGGAUGGUAUUAUUAUUAUUAUUAUUAUUAUUAUUAUUAUUAUUAUUAUCAUCUACAUCAUCAUCAUCGGUCAAGAUAUAAGUCAGUGAAAACAUAAUAACAAUAAGAAAGGAAAAGAAAUGUUAGCAAUGCGUAUGCACAAAAAAGGAGAAUAGGCAUAGCGAAUGUAAUGCUAUGUGUCUAAACAGAGUUAAUGUGCCUACUUUAAUGAUCUACAACGUUCUUAAGAGUGUGCAUAGUUUUAUAUUUUCCUGUCAAUACAUUAUGAAAAUGCUCCAUUUUCUGCCGAAAGAUUAUGAAGUUGCCUUCCUCCACUUAAUUUUGUGGGGGAAAUUAAAGGGACUUUAUAAGGAUGCCCCCCUGAGCCCACUAGAGCAGUGGUGGGGAACAUCCAUCUUACGGGUGCCUCUAUACCUGAUAUCAUAUGGCAAAAAUGCAACUCUCUGCUAAAAGUGGAGUUGCCUUGACAAGUGUUGCCAUGGUCCCUGGCACUUGCAAAGGCACAGGGUUUUGCAAGACCUGGCAGUCAGCUGAGCCAUGGUGCCUGCAAAGCACUGUGCCUAAACAAAAAUGUUUUAAGCAGGUGCCAGAAAGAAUACAGUGAAGGCGCCUGCCUGAUGUCAGUAGGCAGAAGCUCCAAAGUGCAGCAUUCAUGCAAUCAAAGUCACAGCUGGUUUGGCCCUCAGAAGGACAUAGGAACAACCCUCACCUUCAAAUGUUUGGUGGGGCUUCAUAGGGAGCCUCUUUUUUCUUUUGUAUGUUUAAUAGAUUAUUGUAUUUUAAUGUUCUGUUGGAAGCCGCCCAGAGUGGCUGGGGAAGCCUAGCCAGAUGGGCGGGGUAUAAAUAAUAAAUUAUUAUUAUUAUUAUAAGGUGUCUGUGUUAGUAGAACUUUGAAUUUCUGAAACCAAAAUGUUUGACACAGGGAUAGUUCUGUGGUUCUUUUGUUUUUUGGCAUGUUAUCAGGACGUUUGUUGAGUUUCCAUGACUGUAUUCAACUGGGGUUCUUUCUCCUUUGCCUUCAGGUGGACUUCCUCAGCCCAUGACCAAUGGGUCAGCACAAACGCAGGUGAGUGAUGGGUACGGAUGGGUGAAUCUGUCUCUGUCUCUCUUGGUUUCUUAUUUUUCCAUUCUUAAGUUCAGUUCUCCAUAUCAUUGGGCAUUCCCCCACCCCCAAAGUCCUCAUGAAAAUAUCCACAUUUUAGUGCAUCCCCCCCCCGAUAUACACAUUAUUGUAUGCAGUUUUGCCCAAUAUACACAUCCUUUUGCAAAACAAUUUCCUGUAAUAAGAAGCAUUUUGAUGCAUACCUGACUCUAGUAUAUUCAUUUUUGUACACAUUCCCUGUCUGGAGAACUGCACAGCAAAAUUGGGAGGACUGCGGAUUUUGAAAGAUGACUGUGUUUUGAGUUCCAGUUUGGUUUGCCUUGAAAUGUAGACUGAAUCAACUUCCACCCCUACCCUGUUACCUGUUCAGAAUGUACAGCAGAGCUGAGUGCAGCUUUCUUCAGCCUGAUGCCGUGCAGGUGUGUUGGACUACAACUCCCAUCAGCCCCAGCCAGCAUGGUGCCCGUGUCCUUGGCCCAUGGUGGCUGGGGCUGAUGGGAGUUGUAGUCCAACACACCUGCACGGCACAAGGCUGGGGAAUUCUAGUUUUCUUCCAGGUAUUCACCUUGAGUCACAAAUUUAAGAUGUGACACAUAGGACAUGUCCAUUUCGGAUCAGCGAGAUCCCUGGCCAUCUUCCUUCACUCUCCUCUGUGGCUUCAGCAACCUUUGGCCCAACUUAUUUAGAUCUGUCUUCCCGCAGUGCUAGGAAAUGAGAUGGAUCACAUGAGAUCGAAGGGCUGCAGCCUAUAAUCAGAAAUCCUUAUCAAACUGACCCAACACAAUAUGCUGCCUUUUCUUAAAAACUUCCGUGACUUGUUCUCUGCCUGGAAAUUUAUUGUGAGCCAUCCAGGGGAAAGAUUGCAAUGGAGAUUGUGUGGGUUGACCCACCUUCCUGUUCUUCUUUAUGGCCCAUGUUUCCCCAAGUGGCACCACCACGCUCACCAUGCUGGCACAAAACCUCAAGGCACUGUCCUACAGCUGUCCAAAUCGUGUUCUUAACCCCUCCAAUUCCACUUUUCUUGUAAUAAACACACACCCUCUUUCCAUUCCCGACAGCUGAAUGGGGGAUCCAUGUCCUCGUCCCACAGCGAUUGCCAAAGUCCUGAGAAGGAGUCUGAGGUAAACAAAGUCAUCCCAUUUCUUGACCUGCCCAAACACUGCACAGGAAACCUCGUAUAUAUUCUUUCUUGCAUUGCCAAGGAAAUCUCCUGGACCUGCAUCCUUCCAGGGGUCCCCCUCUGGAUCCUGCCCCUUCUUCCUCCUCCUCCUGCCUCUGCCAAGUUCUUCCUCUCCCUCCUUCUCAGUGUCUCUGCGGCAUCCAUCCAUCUUCUCUUUUCUCCUGCUUCUAAUAUGGAACAGGCUUUUGUCUUCUGCUCAUCUGCACUGGGACAUUUUCCUGCUUUCUGGCCUUCCACCUCUUGCAAAUCCCAGGGCCAUUUCUGCACCGACUACCUCCUGCUUCCUGCACAACUUUUCCAAGCUUGUCACCCUUCAUGUGGUUUUAGGAUCAGUGAGUGGUGCCCCUCUCAGUAGUUCUGCCACCCUUAGAUGUUUGGCGUUGUAGUGGCCUGGGGGAGGGCAUUCCCCUUGGCAGCCCCAAAAUUGUGGAAUUCCCUCCCCACAGAGGUGCACCUGAAACCUUCAUAGUGCUGCUUCUUGACCCUGGCUUCUUGGACACCUGAGAUGUAUAUUUUUUAGGACCCACCCUGUUUUUGUGACUGCAGAUCAUUUUAACUGAUUCUAAUAUUGUUUUAGGGACGCGGGUGGUGCUGUGGGUUAAACCACAGAGCCUAGGAUUUGCCGAUCAGAAGGUUGGCGGUUUGAAUCCCUGCGACGGGGUGAGCUCCCGUUUCUUGGUCCCAGCUCCUGCCAACCUAGCAGUUCGAAAGCACAGCAAAGUGCAAGUAGAUAAAUAGGUACCAUUCUGGCAGGAAGGUAAACGGCGUUUCCGUGCGCUGCUCUGGUUCGCCAGAAGCAGCUUAGUCAUGCUGGCCACAGGACCCGGAAGCUGUACGCCGGCUCCCUCGGCCAAUAAAGCGAGAUGAGCGCCGCAACCCCAGAGUCAGUCACGACUGGACCUAAUGGUCAGGGGUCCCUUUACCUUUACCUAAUAUUGUUUUGGGGGACUGUUAAGUCUAGAGAAAAGGCGAGCAAGGGAUGACGUGAUGGAAAUUUAUAAAAAUUAUCUGUGGCAUGGAGAAAGUGGAUAGAGAAAAGCUGCUCUUCCUCUCUCAUAGCACUAGAACCCAUAGCCAUCCAAUGAAGCUGAAUGCUGAAAGAAUCAGGACAGAUAAAACUCCUUCUUCAUGCAGCGCAUAGUUAAGCUAUGGAACUCCCUCAAGAGGUAGCAAUGGCCACCAACCUUGCUUCAAAAGUGGAUUGGACAAAUUUACGGGGGGAAAAGGCUAUCAAUGACUACUAGCCACAGUGGCUAUUAGCCUGAUCCAGCAGAGCUCUUCUUAAAUCCUUCUUUUUCUAUUGUUAUAACCUGCCCUGGGACCUUAUGGCAAUGGGCAUGUCAUAAAAAAAUAGUAAUAAUUGUAACAACGUGGAUAGGAAAUGUAGUUGUUGUUGACGCUGCUGCUGCCAUGUAAGGCUUUCCACUCCAAAAUUUAGCUUCCCUGCUCCCUCCUUCCAAACAAGCAAGUUUCUGUGUGUGUGUUUUUGUCAGCUGUUAAACAUCUGCCAUGUUCCACCACAGAGGUGGCCAGAGUCAAACUGUCUUCUCUUAUUUCUCCUUCCGGGGACCCCUCAGGAUGAAAGAAGGAAGAGAACAAUAGAAGCCACUAGGAAUAUGUUGAUGUAGAGGGAAUAUGAACUAUUUCUGGCAAAAAAAAAAAAGCCAGCAGAUUCCUGCUCCCAAACCCCUAUCCUUUUUUUUUUUAAAAAAAAGCUUAAUUGCAUUCAAAUGCGAAGGGAAAUACUUGAAUGCAAUGCAGCUUAUUUAUUUCCUCACGCUCUGCCACCACUGCAGCCCUGUUUCUUUAAGAGAGAAAUAUGCAGGCCUUGAUUAGAGGAGAGUUUUGUGAAGACCACAGAGAGGCUUGAAUUACGGGGGAUCCGAUCCCUGUUCCUUCAGAGGAGCAACUGGCCUCACUGUUCACUGGAGUCCAAAAACUCUGCAUUCUUUCCAUGCCGGGUUAGUGGUGAGGGAGAGGAAUUAUUCACUAGUUUCAUCCAGCUUUUGCCAGUGCUGGCUGAUGUCCUGCUUUCUUACAGGCUUCAUCAGCUUGUUUCCGCUGAGGGCCUUUCUUGGUUUUAUCGCCUUGGGUCCCGAUCCUGCCAUGGGCUUGUGGUUUUGAAUAGACAUAGGAGGAGAACCCUAAGUGGCACAAAAUUGUCCCAGAGGUCCACUGUGAUAGGGGAGUGGGGCCAGUGUUAGAAACUCAAGAUAUGUAAGCUAGGCACCAAAUGGCACCUGAAGCUUAGGCUAUGUCUGUUCGCCAGGGAAUUGGACUUGAUGACCCUUGGGGUUCCUUCCAGCACUACAAUUCUAUUAUUUUAUUAUCUCAGCUACAUUGCUUGACUGUAGCUUGCUCUUACAACAAUUCACUUAUCCCGGGAGGCAAGAAGGAGAAACAUAAACACUGGAAAUGGAAAUGGAAUCAACUGAGUCAGCUGGCUUGAUGGAGAUGUCAGUCGCCCAGAAAUCUCCACGUAGUCGCAACUGGACCUGCACCAGGAGCAAAAUGUACCUGGUGCCCAGGAAAUUUCAAACACUGGGGACAAUGACCUACCACCGCUCCCAAGCGGAUUUGGGUACCACAUCCCAAUGCUUUCUGAUGCUGCUCAUCCACAUCCCCUUGCUCCCUGGGUUGGAGGUUGGAUCCUGCCCGAAGGUGUCCAGUUGCUGACUGCUGGUUCGUUUAAUUGCCACUGUAAAGCAGGUGACAUCCCUUUCUCAGGCCAGGCAUAGCACAUGAGAACUUCUCUGGAUACAAAGCACAUGCCCUUCCAUUAAGCUGGAGGCCCAUCCCUCCUGCACUCUGCUGGUGAUGCAUGAUGACGUUUGGGCUGCAGAGUUGGGUCUGUGGUGGGUUGACAUGGGGCCAGAUGGGUUGGUACUUGCUGAUGUUGCAAGAACUUGGGUGCUAUGAAGAGUAAGCGCAGCUCUUCGGAAUCAGAAUUAGGAACAUAGGAAGCUGCCUUAUAUUGAUUCAGGCCAUUGGUAUGUCUAGCUUAACAUUGUUCACACAGACUUGCGGGGUCUCCCAACCCUGCCUGAAAGAGACCGGGGAUUGAACCCGAGGCCUUCUACAUGCAGAGCAGAGGUCCUGCUACUCAGCUACAUCCAUUGGUCCAUCUUUCUCAGUAUGGUCUGCAUUGAUUGGCUACGGCUCUCUAGGGUUUCAGACCAAGGUCUUUCCUAACCCUGCCAUUGGAGGGUUGAACCUGGGACCUUCUGCAUGCAAAGCAGAUACUCUGCCCCCGAGUUACAGUUCUUCUCAGUUGCUGCUUCCUCUCCUAAGAGCAGAGGCUGAGUUUUGCCCUGUCAAAGGCUCCAAGAGACCCAGUCUGCAUCCUGUGAUGACUCUUUAGUUUUUUUGCUGCCUCCUGUCAGCUCUACCUGCAAGGUUCUCGUAGCCUCUCCAAACCCUGCAAAAUGCUUUUGAAAAGGGAUGACAGGUUGAAGUGGGGGGAAACCCGCCCCCCCGCAAUAAAUGCCGCUCAGGAGCCCCCACCAUACCCCUCUAUCCCACCAGUCCUUUCCCUUCUUUUGAAUCCCAUUCUUUUCUCUUUCUUUUUUUUAAAAAUCCCGCUAGGUGGGAGAGCCUGGGAAGAAGGAUCCGUUUGAGGAGAGCGGCUUGAACCUGAGUCCCACGGCAGCGGAGGCCAAAGAGAAAGUGCGGGCCAAGCGGGUGAACAAAAGGGCCCCCCAGAUGGACUGGAACAAGAAGCGGGAGAUCUUCAGCAACUUCUGAGCCGGCCGGGGAGCUCCUCUCGACUCCUGUUGCGGCUCCCCCCACCCCGGCCUGGAGACAUUUGCAAAUGAGCACGGGGAUGGCGACGGCCGCGCUGUGCCUCCAACGGGCACCGCUCCAAGGCGUGCCAGGCUCUGCUUUUUACCAUAGGUUUGUGUUGCUUUGUACAAAGCACAUUCCCUCCUUCCCCCCUGCCCCCAGCCUCUUUUAUUGUACAAAAGUGGUCAGAGAGAGAGAGAGAGAGAGAGAGAGAGAGAGAGAGAUUGAAACUGCAGGACUCAAACACACAAAACAGGCAACUGUGAAACUGCCACAGUAGCAAGCAGGAAAAGCAAGCGGCAAUUUUCCUUUCCUUUUUGAAUCGCUUAACCUGCAAUAUUUAGAAUGUAUUAUUUAUAGGAUCAUUUUUAUAUCAUUAAUUGUUUGAGCUUCUUCUGCCUCUUCUUGUAGCGAUGUCAAUAUUUUUUUUUAUAAUGUCCCAACCAGAACUUGUUAACCAGAGCCUUUCCACUUAACUGGAUGCUGCGGUCUGCACUGAUUAGCAGCAGCUGUUGCCAACCUGGUGCCCUCCAGAUGUUCCAGAUACUGCCCACUCCUUGCAGCAGCCCUUGGUUUCGGGCAGGAGGGGGCAUCAGGUUGGCAGAGACUGCUGGGUUUCCAUGUUGGCAUCCUCACAAACGUGGUUGCCUGACCAUUUCGUGAUUGUGCGAGUUUUCUCUGUGGCUUUAAAUUUGGACUUUUUAUUUUUUAAAGGAGGGAAAUUUUUUCCGCCCCUCCAUCUGUUCGUAGUUAGUGCUUGAAACGCCCUGACCCUUUAAGCCUCAGGCACAGCAAGCCCCCUUUUCUUUGCAAAUUGUUUUUGCCUUGUUACCACUUUUCAGAACAACUGCGCUUUUGGAAAAGCCCCUUCACCACUUUUCAGAACGACCGUGCUUUUUGAAAAGUCCCUUCCCUACCAAUCAUGGCAAAAGACCACAAUUAUUUGGUGCACUCAGGUGCAGAAAUGCAUGCCGUCCCUUGCCAACCCCCUGGGGCCAGGGUAGGGUGGGAAGCAAGUGCCCCCCCCCUUCUAAAUCCUGACAUUUAUAAGGAACACUGAUCUGAAUUGGCUGUAGCCAGAAGCUGGAAAUAACACUUUUUAGCGAGACUCGGGAGAAGGACAGGAAGACAAUUGUAUGCAUGAAAUACUAACAUUCCUGGGAGCGGUUCCUCUGGGAGACGGUGUCCUGCUGGCAAACGGACCGGCGUCUCGAGAUUUAAACAGAAGCUCCCCCCUUUUUGUGCAAGAUCAUUUAACCUCCAACCGCACAACUAUUUCCACUUCCAGGCCUUUUGAAAACAUGCACCCCAUUUCAACAUUGCUGAUGUUUCAGUGGCUGCACCUUUAACCAACCUUCCUUUCAGUUUAGCAGCAGUAAGGUACCUGCAGGUAUCAGCUGUUCUAAGGAAAGGCUGUAGUGGAUGGUCUCCCCUUUAACCCUACUAACCCUUUGCACAGGCAGUGGGAGAUGAUGGACAGAGUGGUCCCCAAAGCCUUUUUCAGGCCGAGGGCCAGAUUCCUUUGUGGGUGAUCUUCUGGGGGCUGCAUACCAGUGGCAGGAGAAACCAGAAGCAAAGGUGGUGGAGCUCACAGGGCUUUCCCCCCCACCUGCAAUGGUCUGAGGUUCUACACCAACCGUCAACCUUCUCCAACCAUGGAAUCCUAAAGGUUUCAUUACAGUCCAAGAACAUUUCCCUGUCAGGGAUAAAGGACAUGAUGAAAGCACCAAGCAGGCCUUGGUUUGAGAAGGGGAAGUGGCCUAGGAAGCAUCCUGAGGGCCAGAUGGAGAGGCCUGAAGAGCCGCAUUUGGUCAUUAGGCCUGAGGCACCCCCUCCCUACAGCCAAAGUCAAAUCUCAUGCUUUAACCAUGACGCGUAAAGCUGAAUUUAACAAGCCCUGAAUGUGUUUUAGCUUCUGCAAUGUUCUUUCUGAAGGAAUGGCUCAGAAGCACAGAAUGUGUCUCUUUUUUGAGACUGCAACACAUCCACAUCUACUGAACAUCUGACCUGCUCAUUACCAGCAUUAGGCCCUCUACGUUACUUCCCCCACCCCCCAAAUAGAAAGAAGAAUUGUUAUUAAAGGCAAGGAGGCAUGGUAGAGGUUGGAUUGCCAUCUUUGAGGGAUUCUUUAGCUGUGAUUCUUUUUUUUUUUUAAAUAAUUUUUAUUAACAGACCAAUCAAAUCAAAUCACAUAAAUUCCAAAUUUCUUUAGCUGUGAUUCUUGCACUGCAAGGGGUUGGACCAUAUGACUCUCGGGACCCUUCCAACUGUACAAUUAUAUGAUUCUGUUAUUCCCUAGAUCAGUGGUAUCCAAACUUUUUUCAAAGAGGGCCAGAUUUGAUGAAGUGAACGGCCGUGAGGGCCAACCAAAGUUGUUAACCUUUUUUUAGGAUUGAAGUGGUUGAGCUUUGUUUAGGAUUGAAGUUGUUGAGGUUUCUUAGGAUUUUACCCUAGGAAAUAAACUGCCACAGGGGCUGGAUUAAACUGACUGGAGGGCCGGAUUAGGCCCCCAAAACGGACUUUGGACAUGCCUGCCCCAGAUAGAUCUUGAUGUUGUUAUAAGAGGACAAGAGUUGGGAGACGGAUUGACCCAAGGGGCCCAGGUCACUGGGAAGUUUCCAAGGAAGUUCUUACCCCUCCCUGUGUUAAUUCAUGGGAGGGAGUAUACUGUUUGGUGUGUUGUUUUUUUCUGUGGUAGGCACUGAAAUGUCUUGAAUCCAGGCCUGAGUGAAAAGUGGAUAAUUCUGGGGUAUUGCUCCUACUUACUAACUGAAUUUGAUCCUUCUCAAUGAGUGAUGUAUGUGAACUGUGUGGGCCACUUAAAAGUAAAGCACACACUACUGUGGAACCCCUACACUAGGCUCCUCUGUUCUUGAAGAGAUCCCUUUGCUAAUCUGGUGCCCUCUAGCUGUUUUGAACCACAGCUCUCAUCAGCCUCAGCAGGCACAUCCAUGGUUUGGGCUGAUGGGACUUGUAGUUCGAACAUCUGGAGGGCACACAGUUGGCAAAGGCUGCUUGAGAGUGAUCACAUUGCAGCAGCAACUCAGAAAUUGUUAUCCAAACUCUUCUCCUGAUUCUGCUAAGUGAGAGAGGAGUAAAAAAAAUUGGAAGCUAGCUAAUGAUUUUAUAACACUGUUAAUCUGGUAAGGGGAGGCAGGUAGGAAGAGUUUUUUCUUCCAGCCUUCUUUAGUGAGACAUCACAACCUUUCACACCCUUUUCUUCUUUACAACCACUUCCACAACAAGUAUUAAAAAGCAAGCUGGAGGGAUGCAGUUUCUCUUUCAUAAAAAGAGGUAUGUAUGACUAAGCAAUUGCUUUUAAUUAGGGCACAAAUGUACAAUCUAUGUAAGUAUUCAAGAAGUGGGGGGGGGGGGGCGACGACGACACAUUUUGUCUUCAGGGAUUCUUCAGCUGUGAUUCCUGCAUUGCAGGGGGUUGAAUGAUCCUUUGGGCCUCUUCCAACUCUUACAGUCCUAUGAUUCUACAAUACCCUGCAAGAUGACCAAGUGCCCUUUGAUAUAAAUAUACUCUGGGGGCUUUGUGUAUGUUUUGCAAAUAACUAAGCUGAAUAAGGUGCCUUAGAUUAUUCUCCUGUCCUUUGGGGAAAUUUACCAAGCCUUGGUAAAUGGUACCAUUCUCUUGUUAUGUUUUGGUUUUCAGGAAGAACCUUGUAUACAGUUUCAUUACAGGAGGCUUUGAGAGAAAUGCGAGGUGGAGUAUUGGUGUCCAUGAUGGACAGCCCUGUACUCAUAGUCUGCCCCAGGAGUAGCCAAAGCAGUGUUCUCUAGGUGUUGCUGGACUCCAUCUCCCAUCAUCUCUCACCAUUGGUUGUGUUGGCUGGGGCUUAUGGGAGUUGCGGUCCACAACAUUUGGAGAGCACCACGUUGGAUACCCUUUGUCCACACCAGCUUUUACCAAUCUGAUGGUCUCCAGCUAUUUUGGACUACAAUUCCUAGCAGCCCCAGAGCACCAAGUUGGGGGCAGCUGGUCUGGAUGCCUAAGAAACGUGUCCUAAUUCUGCACCUGAGUUAAUCUAAUUGAAUGCCACAUUUUGACUGAUUUUGCAUAGUCUGCCUGGCUAUCAUAGGGACACCAUUCUAGUCCUCACCUCUGUCCCCUCAGAUGCCUGCCCUCUCUGUCUUCUGAGGUAGCACCAGGCAUCACCCACCACUUUUGAAUUUUAUCUUAGUAAGCAUGAGAACUACAAAGCGGUCUUUUUGCAAACAACAACCCCCCCCUCCAAUAUUUCAGAUUGAUUCCAUAGAUGUUCAGUGAUUAUAAGCUCAGCAGGCAAGAAGGGUUUGGCUAUAAAUCAUUGUGCUCUUCACUUUAUGAUGAUGAUGAUUAUGAGGAUGAUUUUUAUUUUAAAAACAGGGUUUCUAGCCCACAUGGAAUCUGGGGAAAUGUCAGGAAUUCUUUCCCCCUUUGAGACUCAUUCUUUGCCAAGCUUGACCAAAACAUUCCAAUUUGUUUUUAAAAACCUGCACCAUUGAAGACUGUGAAGCUAUGUAAAAAUAAAUAUAUGUAAAUAUGACUAAUUUGCACAAUUCAGUCUGCAGGCAUGGGAUUUUACCACACUCCCAAACCAUUUAUUAUUGGAGAACAGCUGUACUUGCUGACUCCCAGUCCAGCCCCAGUUAUGCUCAGUUAGUCCCAUAGAUGCCCAUUAGUAUUGAACGGGGGCUUCCUGCUGAUGCCACAGGAAGGGUGUGCAUUAUGGGGCAAAUGCAAAUAAGAGUGCAUGUAGAUCUUCCUUCCCAAGACUGGUGCCCAGAUGUUUGGAAUACAUAUCCCAUCACCCCUGACCUUUGGCCAUGCUGGCUGAUACUGAUGGGAGUUGUAGUCCAACAACAACUGGAGGGCCCCAGGUUGAGUAAGCCUGCCAUAAAUCUCUCUUGAUGACUCGGGGCCACUGAUUCUAGGAGGAUAAUGAAAUGUUUGUGAAUGAAGAAUGCUCUGCUGAGUCUUCUUUAUUUUUUUUAACAAAGAAAACACUUAUUGAGUGAGACUGGUAGUAAUUCAGGUAUAUGCUAAUACCUGCUGAUAAGGUUGCUUGAAACUUGAUUUUGAGAACGGCCGGUGUGAGAUUUAUAAAGGCUUUUUUGGGGGGGGCUGCUUUGAUUCCUUAAAUGAUUGGAGGGCGCUUGUUUUUCAAAUUAGGCUAAAAUUUUUACCUCCAAAAGAAUUGCCCCUAAUUCAUUAUUAGCAAAGGUGUUGAUGCACCACAGGUGUGUGUGGGGUGCUGCUGCUGCUGCAGUUCCCACCAGCCUUGGGCUGAUGGGAGGUGGAGUCCAGCAACAUUUGGAAGACCACAGGUUCUCCACCCCUCUGAUGCAUGGAAAGAACAGGUUUACAUCUGGUCAGUGGAAGAUGAAACAGGAUAGGCCUUUUGAAAAAUGCCUGGAUAACACCUUGGGCUCCAUGAUCGAAGAAAGGUGAAAUAUAAUAGUAAGGAAAUGAAUGAAUGCAGGACUGGUUUGAACAAGGAUUUCUAAAGUCAUUCUUUAAGGAUAGGAGAGGUGUGACAGAAGCACAAAUUUGAGGGUUGUGGUACAAUUGAAAUCUCCUAUACAAAUCUGUACCUAUAGAGGUAUCUUUCCCCCUACCCCUUCCAAGAAAGUAAACAUCCCACUCUCUAUUCCGUGGAUUGACUCAUGACGAUUUAAAAGCACGCCUGGCUCUCUUUUCUCUGCCAUCCUAUAUGCUCUGCAGCACUUAACUCCGUUUCUGCACAUCUAACCUAGACAUUCACUAAAAAGUUAUAAGAAGAGCUGUUAACUGCAUUGUGUAAAAAAAUGUAUACUAAAAUGUCAAUAAUAAAACUGGUUUCCCAUGUACAGCGAGUUUUAUGAUGUUGGUGUCCAAAUUAUUAUUUCCUUAUGGUAUCCCUCGCUUCCUCCCAUCCAGCUUUUGUGUCUGUUUCCUGGCUGUGCCAGAUUGCCUCACUUCUAGGUGCAUUUAAAUUAUCUGGGAAACGUAUUCCAGCCCCUCAAGGAAGGUUUGAAGCAGGGCCAAUGAGGGGGUAUGGCAUAGGGAGAGUCCCAGAGGACAGAAGGAAAGGCCUGGAGGGCUGCUUUCAGAUCCUGGGCCCACGUUCCCCACUCUGGAUUAAGCCCCCUCUUCUGGGAAACCUGAGCACCAAACAGAGACUGUUAAACAAAACUAUUCUUAUUACAAACAAAACUGUUUAUUAUAUAAAAAUAAGAAUUACUCUUUAGGUAGAUGCAGUUCUCAGCAUUUGGCUUAUGUGACAGGCUAAGCAAAGCUCAAGGCUUACAAUGUAUUCCAAAUGCCCCUUUUGCUUGGGACAUCUCAAAGGCUUCGUUCUCACAUAGGAGAACUCUUACCCAACCUGGUGUCUUCCAGAUGUUUUGGACUGCAUUUUAUGGCUGCGCUGUCUGGGGCUGAUGGGAGUUGUAGUUCAAAACAUCAGGAGGGCGAUAGAUUGGGAGGAAAGCUGAUCUAAAAUCUGCAAGCCCUGGAGCCCAUCAGACACAACUGGGGUGGGAAGAAUUUUUUCUGUCUCAUCUGUUUUUAAACUUCCAACUCUCCCUACCUUGGCAACAGGCUAAUUCCUCCAUGACGCUGGGACAGGCCUGAAUGACAUCAUCCAGUGGAGCUGGAUAACUCCUUUUGCCUGGUAACUAGCUUAUUAGCAUUUAAAUUGGAAAUUCUUCAAGGGCAAAGGCAGCUGACAGAAUCCACAAACACUUCUUAGGAAGGUCUGGUCUGGGAAGAAAAUAUGACCGGCCUCCUUCACAGUGUGUGUGGAGGCAGGGAGAGGCAUAAUGACAAGGAAAUACAACACACCCUGAGGGCUGGUUGCCCUUCAGGCAGAGGCUCUCAAAGUGGGAGCCUUGCCCUUUCAAAACAAAGGCCAGAGGAUGUCAUGUGAGCUGAACCUUAGAAAUUCUGGUCAGACAUAUAUAGCUUAUGACAAAGAGAUCUCCAGACAUAUCAAAACAUGUGGACCUUCCAUUGACAGGACACAACCUGAACUUUCUGCUUGUUUUCAUUUUCACCCUAAAGAAAGUUUCACCCAUUUUCAGCCUGCCUCCCCCCAUCUCCUCUUUCUAGCCACAGGAAUCCAACAAAAUCUUCAUUUAAAAGAUACUGGGGGCUGGACUAUACUUUUGAAGUAGACUCUCAUCAUUUUAAAUACUCAUGGCUUUGCCCAAAGAACCAUGGGAGCUGUAGUUUGUUAAGGGUGCUGGGAGUUACUGGGAGACCCCCUAUUCCCUUCCAGCUUCAAUUCCCAAAGUACUUUCAACCCCUCUUCCCCAGGAACUCUGGGAACUGUAGCUCCGUGAGGGGGAAAGGGGCUGGCAGGGGGACCAUGACUGUUUAAAGUAGCAUGUCACUGCUUUAAAUGUAUGGUGCUGAUGGGGCCUGAGCUAGCUGAACUGAGAUAUGUCAAGAUGUACACGUGCAACUGAUUUCAGUGGGACUCGAGUCCAGCUAACUUAGUCUGGAAUCUAGCCCCAAUACGUUGCACUUAUUUAACUACUCUCUGUGUGGCUUCAUACUUGGGUUAAGAGGAGUCCUUUCAGGGCAGCCUGGGACACCACACUUAAGUCAACUCUGUGGUCCUUUUAUGAGGAACAAUGCUAUUUGGACCCCUCUCACCUGUGCAUGGCUUGGAGACCAGGAACCAAGUCAUUGCUGUAGUGCCACCAGAUUUCAGGGUGAAAAUCCCUCUUGCUCAAGCCACUGGCAGGUCAGCUACAGCAUCAUCAGUCCAUUGGUGGGCCCCCAAGUCCCAGUCCCCCAGUAUGGUGGCCUGUUCCAGUAAGUGUUGCAUCUCUCAGCGCUUCCUCGAAGCCGGACAGAUGUCCCUGUUGAGGCAUUCACUGCAGCGUGGAUUUACAGGUAAGCAGACUUGCUGCCCAAACCCAACAAGAAGCCAGUUUAUCUCACUCCAGAGAUCUCUAGGAGGAGAAGGAAGGGAAAUGUUCAUUAAUCAUUAUUAUUAAUUUGAUUAAUCACCCACCCUUCACCCUAAGGAUACAGGAGUUGUAGUUCAGAAAGAUUUGAAGGGUCAUUGGUUAGCUGCCCCUGGAGCUUAUCUGAAGGCCUAACCCUGUGGUAAAUUUUGUAUGGGAGAAGGGAAGCCUUCAGACGUCCUCCUCUGAGGCCGUUUAGGGCUCUGAAGAUGGAAAACAC